AUGACGCCCAGCGUUGUAACGCUGCUGUGGCUUUUAGGAUUUUAUGUAGAUGUCGCUUCAGCGGCAGAGUGCAUGCUCCUUGUAGCAGGAAACGAUUUAACAAUUCCUGACAAUACAGAAUGUGAAGUUUCGUCAGAUUUUUCAAUCGGGACUUUUAUUGUCCGUGGCACUGUGAAAGUUACGGCCCCGGUACAAAUGGAGGCACCAACUAUCGACAUACAAGUCGGGGGCAAGAUAAUUGCCGACGGUACCAGCACAAGUGGGCCGGGAACAGGAACCAACCUUGGAUCCGGAGGUGGCUAUGGAGGCCGUGGUGGCAGUCCAGCCAAUAAUUUCCUAACUCCAAGCGAUGCCCAAACCUACGGCACAUUUGUGAAGCCAUUCGCUCCCGGCAGUCCUGGCGGAAGUACAAACGGCGGAAAUGGUGGUGGCUGUUUUCGUUUAAUGGCAGAUACUAUCGAUGUGAACGGUAUCUUGUCAGCAAACGGUGUAGAUGGGACAAGUUCCGGUGGAGGCGGUAGUGGCGGAAGUGUUUCCAUAAGCGCCAGUGUAAUUCGCGGUUCAGGUGUGAUAACUGCUCGUGGUGGUAAUGGUGGUGGUGACGGAGGUGGUGGUGGAGGCGGAAGAGUGACACUAGAGCACGACACAGAUGAAUUUAUUGGGCAAAUAUUCGCCGACGGUGGUCUUGGAGGAUCUACCGAGACACUCCUGUCGUCUGCUAGUAUGGCCUCCAGUUCACAACAUUCUUCUUAUCCAGCAAGCUACGGUAAACUCGGUUACUCGGGCACAAAGUCAUGGCGUCCAAGCACUUACUCUAGUUCCUACCUGGAAAUGAGACUUAGCGCUGAUCAUUACAUAACUGCCAUAGAGACACGAGGAGGCCCGAGCUCCAACUAUUAUGUUAAGACAUACACUGUCCGAUACUAUAAUACUACAGCUGCUGCCUGGGUCAGCUUAGGAGAUCAAGUCUAUGUAUUUAAUGGUAAUACAAAUGGAGGCAGUAAUGUCAAGGUCGCAAUGCCUAAACCACUCUACGCAAGUCGUAUCCGACUUUACCCAGUCUCCUACCAAAACGGAAUCGAACUUUCAUUCCGUCUAUACGGUUAUGCGCAAGGAACGUCAUCCUUAACACCCACGGGAAUAUGUACCCCGGCUUCGAAAGGUGGUUCGGGUGGUCCUGGAACUAUUUACAGAUGGAAUGUCAAUAAUCCAUCCACUCUUAUUAUUGACAAUUACGGUAAAACAACAUAUAUCACCAAGGAUUCCACGUGCGAGGCAAUGGAUGUUCUUACACAAGGUGCCGCAGCAUAUGUAUUAGACACAUCCGAUGAUCUUGAUCAGAUUCUAAUAAACGAUGGAUCGCAUCUUGUCAUGUCGGGUGACAAUAAUGUUACCAACGUUCUAGGCGAUGGAAUGUCUAUGAUUCAUAUUGCAAACAGCACUACAUUAAUCAUCACAGAAGAAAUGAAUGCACAUGCGCAUAUCUAUGCCGGAUGUAACAUGAAUUUUGCAUUGGAACCGGAUGUGCAACUAGUUGGUUCCAUUUACGUUCAGGGUGACAUUAGUCUUAUUUCACAAAACCAAACUCUAAUACUUGCCGAGCCUGCAUCACUUACAAUUAAUUCAUCCACAUUGGACUCUAUGGAAGCUUUUGGAAUUGAAAUUCAAGCAAACGCAGAAUUCAUUAUCAAAAACGACCAAUUCAAAUUUGCAAUCGAAAGUCUUGCUGUUGAGGGAACGUUCACAGCUGGCAUUUUGAAGAUUCAAAAUAUUAUUUCUACUUUCACUGUUGGAACGGCAGGGACAGUUGAGUUUGAGCCCUAUUCGUCUGACAUGUAUAUUGGGUCUGAAAUAGAUAUUCGUGGUGCUGUCACAUUAGGAAAACAUAUCUCAAUUGUACAGCCUUGUAAUCAGUUCCUUAUGGAAACAGGUUCUCUCACUUGGCCAACAACAACUGACAUAAUUACAAUAGAAUGUACAACUGUUACUAUCAACAGUCCGUUCACACCGGGAACGGUGUCCUUCGGUACUGGUACGACGGAUUUUACUGUAGGCUCCAGUGGCACAUUUACGUUCACAGCCGACGGUCCGAUUCUUGUAAAUACGGCUUCUAUCGCUGGCAGAAUGUACGUCAACAACAUUGCCACCCUGGAAUCUGGUAUAGCAGCCGACAACCGCAUUGAGGCUUUUGCGAUUCACCACCCCGGUGGUGUUUUACAGCUAAAUAAAGAUACACUUCCGGCGCAAUUAAAUGGUAUAGCCCAGCCAAGUGUUAAUUGUAGUACGCUUAAGAUAAAAUCUUUAACCGUAGACAAAACAUUUGAGGCAGACGAUAUUGAUAUUGAUAUUGGAAUGGACGCUAUCUCGGUAGGGAGAUACGGUUCAUGGAGUUUUGGUCCUUGUGCUCCAUUCCAUGUACAUGAACUAUAUACAAAUGGAACUAUGACAUCUAAGUAUCCGUUAACUUUACAGGGCUUUGGCCUUGACAAAGUUCAUAAAAUUCAUAUAGAAUACGGCGGAACAAUUACACUUGACUCUCUUUCACAGAAUACAAAGAACUGGGCAGGAACAUCGAUUGUUGGCGUGCACGAUUUCCAAAUGUACGGUAAAUUUUACGCAGGUUCUUUGCAAAACUUUGUCGCCGGCGACGAAGGUUGGGACAAGCUAGAUAUUUACAAGAACGGGACCUUUUAUUUCGAACCAGCUGGUCCUUUUAUUAUUGACUAUUUAUAUACAAACGGCCGCUUUGAGUCUUACAAAUCAAUCAACAUGACGUCAGUCGACACUGAUCUUAUUGUUCACGUUGACGCAAAGGGAUAUGUCAAAUUCGAUUCCCUCAUAAGCUCAGGCUGGACAGAUGAAUCUGCAGUGACAGCAAAACAAAUACAAAUGGAAGGUGGGUCUUACUGGCAGUCCGGAAAUACUCUUUGGGAAGUGGAAGAGGCGAUAAUUGCUGGAACUCUGUACUCCUAUCCAUCGUCAGAUGCACAAUUUGUCUAUUUUACAGUACAAAGCGGAGGAAAUGUCGACUUUUCACGCACUACUAAGUUCAAAGGUCAUGGAUUCAACGUUAAUUCGGGAGGAACUAUGGAUAUUGCAUACCAGCACACCCCAGAUGAUCUGACAAAAGGUUCCGAUGCAUCGGAACUGCUUUUCAAGACUGUUGAUAUUUCCGGUACGCUGAAAGCAGGCUCUCUUCAUAUAGGCCAUCUUGGAAACGGUGUACAGUUCUGCGAAAAUAUCUAUAUCUCCGGUACUAUAGAUGUCAGCGGCGGUGGAUAUCUGUAUGACAAUGGCCCAGGAAUGGGUCAGGUAUCAUCAAACGGAGGAAGUGGUGCCAGUCAUGGCGGUCGCGGCGGGCGUGGUUACGGUCACAUGCAAGCUCUACUUCCAUAUGGUACCAUAUUUGUUGAAAGUACCUGGGGUUCCGGUGGAGGUAGUCAUACAAUUAAUGGGAACACUGGUGGGCGUGGCGGAGGCUUUGUGCAUAUGUAUGCUACCAUGGGAAUAGAUAUUGGCGGAAGUGUAUCGGCAAAUGGGAAGAACCCGUCGUCUAGUACAGCUGGUGCUGGUAGCGGUGGUAACAUUUAUAUGCACAGUGAAGCAAGUUUCACGCUCACUGGCAAACUUUAUUGUAAUGGCGGCUCAACUUCUGGAAAAGGUGGCGGCGGAAGUGGUGGUCGAGUGCACGCAUUCUUCCAACAUGGCGACUUCCACACUGGCUUUGUACAAGCAAAGGGUGGAAGUUCAAGCUCCGGUGAAUCAGGAGGACCAGGAGUCUCAUAUUUUCAGGGUCUGACAAUAAGUAAUCUGAGAAUAGACAAUGGAUGCCAAAAACCAAUGGUAACCGAGCCCACCGGAAGUACUGCAGGAGCUUCUGAGUAUGACACUUACAUUGAAACAGGUGCAAUUGCGUAUUUAUUGCCUAACUCUAGCGACUAUACGUUCCUAUUUACACACUUGGAACUGUAUGGCGGCGCUCAUCUCGCAUUGGGCGGGAAUAAUACCAAGCUUCAGGUGGAGUUCAUGUAUGGUGACGAUACGGGGCAUCUUCAUAUUGGACCAGGACAAAGUUUCGAACUAACAGAGGUUUCGCCAUACAAAAGGACAAAUGUUACAUACGAGGUUUACCUGUACGAAGGAGCUGAAUGGAUCAUGCCAGAGUCCACUCUAGAGUUUCGUGAACCACUGAACCAGCAGGGAAUCGGAAUGUCUACAUCAGCCACUUCCUGUUCGUCGACCUACCUACGAUCAACUUCCGGUCAUUUCUGGGGAGAAGUAGAUGGAACAAAAACGCAUAUGCUUGUAUCCACAGGAUCGACUGUAACUCUUGGAAGAGCAGGUAUCCGUACCAACAAAUUUGCCAAUUUAACCGUCCAAGAUGGUGGAACGCUUCAAUUCGAGACCGCAUACGGCGAUGUGAAUGACGUAUGGAAUCUUGAGAUUCGUCGCACGCCAAACGCUGGUAUGAUCACAGUUGAAGCUGGAGGCAUUAUCACGGCCAGGAAUCUGAAAAUUGACACAGAUAUACUUAAAGUGGACAAACUAGGUACCAUUUCUGUCAGUGACAAAGGCUUAACUGAUGGUACUGGACAGGGAGCAAGUAAUUCUGGUGGUAGUUUUGGUGGGCGCGGAUCUGGCGGGAACCAAGGUGGAAUCAUUGGGGACACGUACGGAACCAUCUUUAACACAGACAAAAUGUUUGGCAGUGGUGGAUUUGGAGGCUCAACCAGCUACGGAACAGGUGGUGGUAUUUUGGAACUUGAUAUCUACCACAUUCUCCGGGUCGAGGGAACAAUCGAAGCUAAUGGAAAGAAUGGCUACAGCAGUAAUAUUGGCGGAGGCAGUGGAGGGUAUAUCAAGAUUUCGACCCGUGACCUUGAAGGUUCGGGUAGUGUCCAGGUCACUGGAGGGAAUGGUGGCUCAUAUUCUGGUUCCGGUGGUGGCGGACGUCUUGCCAUAUAUUAUUCAACCAACGAGUUUUGGUUCGGCGACCUCGAUGCUCGAGGAGGGUACACUGCCAACGGUGGACUUGCCGGUGCCGGAACUGUUUACCUAAAGGAUAUGAAAGCCGGUGCUUCUAAUGAAACACUGAUCAUCGAUAAUUUCGGACAAGCAUUGCCUAAUCUGGAGAUAACUGACCAUACAUAUGCCGGUUAUGAUAAGGAAGGUGGACGUACAUGGAUUGGGGACACCGCUCUUACCCAGAUGAACACUAUUAAAGUAGUCCGCAAUGCACACAUUGCUGUACACCCCGAUCUUGACGCGAACACGUUCGAGCUUCGUUCCUUAAUGUUUGAAGGAGAUAAGACCGGAAGUAUACAUGUAGGACCGGAUCAGCUGGUUGUAGUCGAGCAUCCGGAGGACCUAGAGUUUCUAGUCAAUGUUUAUGUAUAUGAGGGCGGCACUCUAUUGCUUCCAUCUGAUUUUAUUUGCCAUGACAUCAAAAUGCACGUUUGGGGUACAAUUGGUGUGAACGACAUGACUGUUGGAGACGGAUGUUCCUUGUAUCUUGGCAGCCAAGGAACAACUAAACGUACCGGUCUCACUUCAACUUCCGGAAAGUUUGAUUUUGUUGAGCUUACUGUCGCGGCAGGUGGAGAAAUAACGUCUACCCAUGACCUCACAGGUGUCAGUGAUGCUAUAAAUAUAAAGGCCGAUGUUUUACGUGUCCAAGGAGGCGGCAUAAUACAUUCUACUCAUAUUGACAUCCAAGCUAGAAUUCUCGUGGUGCAUGAUCUUGGUGAAAUCAUCGGAGACUUGCACACAAUAUCCUGUACAGCCGGUUUCAGUGGCACUUCCGGCACUGUAGGAACAGGUGCUGGUCACGGUGGCCGUGGUGGUGGUACGUCUUACAACAGAAACACUGGAGCGGCAUAUGGACAGAUCUAUGAGCCGGUAGACCGAGGGUGUGCUGGUGGAUCUUCCACUGCUGUUUCUGGAACUGGUGGUAAUGGUGGCGGGAAAAUAUAUAUCCGGGUUACCGAAGAAUUACAAAACGACGGACAAAUCAGUUGUAACGGGGCUUCUGGAACUGGUGCAGCAGGUGGUGGAAGUGGAGGUUCAAUUCUCAUGGACAUUGCAAACAUUAAGGGCUAUGGCGAGUUCCAAGUUAUAGGCGGAGAUGGUUCAACGUCUGGAAGCUACCAGGGUUGUGGCGGUUCCGGUGGUCGUAUUGCCAUGUAUUUCGACAGGAAUUUUACCUUUUCUGGCUCCUGGGAUGUGUACGGUGGUGACACGCCAACAAACGAAUGUGACGGCGCCUCUGGCACGGCCUUCUUUUAUCAUAAUGUUCAUAAGCAUUCUACUUUGUUGAUAAACAAUAUUGGGCGUGGAAAACCAGGACAAAAUGGAGUGAUUGCAGAUUACUCUGACCUUUCCCAAGACGUUACACAUACUUGGUUCUUACCUGAACAUGGCACAAACUCCAGAUUCCCAACAAGCACGAAUGAGUACUACUUCGACGAGCUACAGAUUUAUGGUAACGCCCAUCUUGCAGUAUUAACAGACCCCGUAGGAUCAGCUGCUACAAUCUACUUCGAGAAUAUGAUUGGUGACCGAACAGGCGCAAUUCAUGUUGGAGAAAACCAAGUAAUGGAUCUUAAAAGGCAAAAGAUUGAUCUCCCCUUUAAUGUACAUGUUUAUCCGGAGGGCUUCUUGGGUCUUGCUCCAGACACAUAUGUCCAAGAUAUUGAGAUAUUCUUAAACGGAACUCUUGCGUACAUUGAGAAUCUCACUCUCCAUCAUGACGGAAAUCUGUGGCUUUACCAAAAAGGAAAAACUGAAAAUCUGCAAGACGGAUAUUACGAAUUUCAGUAUGUACAUGUGAAAACUGGCGGUUAUUUCCAUAUGAUAACCGAUCCUGCAACGGAACAUGGUAUCCAUUUAGAAACGAUUUCGACACAUAUUGAUGGUGGAGGCUUAAUCAGAGGAACACAUCUGUAUUUCAAAUCAACCAACGUUACAAUAGAUGCUGGUGGAAGUUUAAAUGCAGAUUAUCUUGGAUACAGACUUAACGACACAGCAUAUGGAACAUCUGGGCUGUAUGGAAGUAUAAACCCAGGUCGUGGACAUACAGGCACAACAUCGUUGUCACAGUCUGGCAACAAUGGUAUCUUUUCAGCUUCAGGUGCAGGACACGGUGGUAGCGGCGGGCGUGGUGAAGGAGAAACCGUCGGUGGGGCUCCGUACGGAGACCUUUAUGAACCAACAUUAUUUGGAUCAGCCGGUGGCGGAGAUGGCGGUGGUAGAGGAGGUGGUCGAAUAUGGCUUAAUAUCACGAACACCAUACAAGUAGAUGGCAAGAUAACAGCUAAUGGAGAAGAUGGUAGAACUGUCUCAGGACGCCUUGGUGGUGGUGGCAGCGGUGGCAGUAUCUGGAUACACACAGACACAGUGACUGGUUUCGGUUUAGUACAGACAGCUGGAGGAAAGGGAUCCAGUGGUGAUAUAAGAGUAGAAGAACUUAUAUCAGAAGAUGGUUUGGAAACAAUGCGAUGUGAGACUGUCACAAAAUGUGUAAAUGGAGUUUGCGCGGACGAGAAAACUUGUCUGAAAACCAUUUGCACUAGUGUUGGUUCAGGUUGCUCUACUUCAACAAUCAGCCAGCUCCCGUUAAGUGAGUUCAGGUGCUAUGAUGCACAGGACUGUAGUUCCGGAAUUUGUGUAACCAAGAGAAAGUGUUCCUUACUCUGUAAUGAUGAAUCAAUGUGUGAUUACUCGGGAAACACAUGCGCAACCAAAGAGGUUUGCUGCAACAACGAUUUCUCAGAAUGUUGUUACAAUUCCGUUGAUCAGUUUUAUAAUGAGCAAAGCAAUAGCUGGCAAUAUCGGGAUAUAUGUUGUCAUCCAGACAACACAAAGCAGUUUGGUGAAGAAUGCUGCUAUGACAACGGGCCAGUUUGGCACAGUUAUUAUGGAUGGCAGUACAAACGUACAUGUUGUUACUACACGGAGUCAUGUAGCAGUACAACUUGUGUAAGGAACCAAGUAUGUUGUCCAAGUGGGUACGGUUGCAGGACAAGGCAACUUGCCUCGUGGGCAAAACCAUCAACUACCACUGCUAGUGGUACUACUACUACACAUGCACCAACCACAACUGCGCCACGUGCACGAGUUUACGACUACAAUAACGAGGCAAUGGGAACUUCCGGUGGAGGUGGCGCAGGCGGCAGAAUUGCAAUGUAUUUCAAGCAAAAUACAACUUUCAGUGAAUUCCGUUACCUUUCGAAUGGUGGUUGGCCAGGCAGAGAAUGUGAUGAUUGCGAAUCCGGCGGACCGGGAACAGUUUUCCUAUAUCAUACGGUUGAAGAUCACAGAACAUUGGUCAUUGACAAUGACAACGCACCUUCCCCUAAAGAUCUUUAUGUCAACUGGUCCGAUCUCACAAGAGACGGAGGACGGGCAUGGAUUUUGCCACAGUCUGGUACGCAUGCCUUCGCUCAGGGUACAACCGGUGGAUAUGCUUAUGAAUUUGAGGAAUUGCAAAUAUACGGAAACGCACAUUUAGCAGUAAAACCUCCAACCCAAAACAACGUCGCCAACACAGCUAGCACAGUCCCUCCAUUCAAUUUAGGAAGUGGUGUUAACGUUAAUGAUUACAAUAUAAUCAUAUUCUUCAAGUAUAUGAUUGGUGACCGUACCGGAGCUGUACACGUUGGAGAUAAACAAGUCAUGGAUCUUCUCACAAAUAUGACAAGAGAAGAGAUCGAUCUUCCAUUCAAUUGUUACACAUACACAGGUUCAUACCUUGGACUUGCACCUAUGACAUAUGUGCACGCCGUAGAAAUCCAUCUUGCUGGUAUCAUGGCCAAUGUUCAUAAUAUCACUCUUCGACUAGGUGGUUAUCUGUGGUUAAAACACGGUGGCCAUACUGUAGAGGAAAUAGAAAGCAGUUACAAAUAUGAUUACGUCAGAGUACAAGAUGAUUCUACGCUUAAUGCAACUACCGAUCCUAUUGCUGAAGAGGGCAUUACCUUCUUUGUUAAAGGAAUGCUUAUUGAAGGAGGUGGUACAAUGCACGGAACUUUUCUCACAAUCAAUGCUGAAAAUGUCACCGUAGACGCCGGCGGACAUUUGUCUGCUGAUGGUCUGGGUUACAGGUUCGAACAUGAUCAGACCACACACGGAUCUAGCUCCGUACAUGGAGUUGUAAACCCUGGUGCGCCAGACGCAACACAUGGAAUUGGAGCAGGUGCUGGCCAUGGUGGUUCUGGUGGAAAAGAAAUUAGCGCAACUUCAAGAGCAGGUUUUGCAUACGGUGAUAUAUAUGAACCCCAGAAAAUGGGCUCGUCCGGUGGAGAAGGUUUAUAUAAUCUAGCUGGUGGCUCCGGAGGUGGUCGCUUAUGGUUUAAUGUCACUGAUGCGAUUUUCAUCGACGGUGUUGUAAGCGCAAAUGGUGCCGAUGCACCAUUUAAUGCUUCCGGUGGUGGAUCUGGCGGCUCCAUUUGGAUGCACUGUAACUACAUCCAAGGUUAUGGUAAUAUCACUGCUCAUGGUGGAGCAGGAUCUAACUACACGUCCGAUACAGGCAGUGGUGGUGCUGGGGGAAGAAUUGCUGUGUAUUUCCAGGUAAAUGAAACAAUGUCUGAGUUUCGAUACCUAGCAUAUGGCGGUGCUAAGGGCGGUGCAAAUUCUGAGGCAGGUGGUGCCGGAACUGUAUUUUUAUAUCACAUGCAAGAAAAUCAUACCACAAUAAUUCUUGAUAAUGAUGGUCAACAUCCUCGUGAUCACUACAACGUAAUUGAUGAUUACAAUGACCUAACAUAUGAUUCCUGUCGGACAUGGAUCUUACCAGAAUCCGGAUAUAAUACUUUUGCAAACGGCAAAUUUUCAUUCUCUUUCAACGAGCUCCAGAUUUACGGAGCUGCUCAUAUGGCUGUAUUGCCGGACCCUGUUGGUACAUUAGUUGACAUUUUCUUCCUUUAUAUGAUUGGUGACAGAACCGGUACGAUGCAUAUUGACAACCAACAAGUAAUGGAUCUUGAAAGAAUUGAGAUUGAUCUCCCGUUUAACGUUAGAGUAUAUGCAGGAGGUUUCCUAGGUCUUGCCCCUGUCACAAUAAUACAUGGCGUGACUGUUUGGCUACAUGGAGAAAUGGACCAUGUAGAAAACAUGACGUUGCAUCACCAAGGCCAUCUCGCCUUACAAACAGGUGGACAUACAACUGGAAAUCCAGCGGAUAGUUUUGAUUUUCUGUGGGUAAGAAUCCAAGAUAAUGCAACUAUAAGUAUACUAACUGAUCCUGUAUCAGAUCCACAGUCGAUCUUUACUGUUGCGAAUGAUAUCUCUAUGGAAGGUGGUGCCAAUUUCUAUGGCACUAAUAUGAAGAUAAUCGCUACCGACAUAACGCUGGAUUAUGGUGCAACGAUUCAUACGGAUUCACUCGGUUACCGUCCCGAGGAUCCUCAGACAUCUGUUGUUAAUUUAGGUCUUGGAACUACUAGUUUAAGCGGUUCUUCAGGUGCCGGUCACGGUGGUACGAGUGGCAAAGGUGCUGGAACUUCUCUUACAGGACAGCCAUAUGGGCAUCUGUUCCAACCUCUUGAAAUUGGUAGUGCAGGUGGCGGAGGGGCUAACAUCGGAGGUCAAGGUGGUGGAAAGCUUUACAUCAAAGUGUCAAAUCGUCUGAUGGUUGAUGGCGAGAUUAGAACAAAUGGAGGAAAUGCUAAAGCAAACAUAGGUGGGGGAGGGUCCGGCGGCUCGAUAUUAAUAGACACAUAUAAAUUUAGAGGCAUGGGCAACAUAACUGCUAAUGGCGGGGGACGUUAUGUUAAUGGCAUUGGUGGUGGUGGGUCAGGCGGACGCAUUGCCAUUUAUUUCCGGGAGAAUGUCACUUACUGGGGAGAGUACCAGUGCCACGGUGGCUACUCUACCGGAAGUGCCGAAUCUGGUGGUCCCGGUCUAGUAUUCAUUUACAAUGUUGAAAAGAAUCACAGUACUUUGUAUAUCAAUAACAACAUGCGCACAACUACGGACGACGUUAAUCUCAUUCGAGAUUACACAGAUAUUUCUCAGGACAGAUUCAAAGCUUGGAUAUUACCAGUUUCUGGUGAUCACUGGUUAGCUGGUGGCAACAGCGAUUAUAGAUUUAAUGAAUUACAAAUAUUUGGAAACGCUCAUUUGGCUCUUCUUCCAGAGCCUUAUACAGGCGGUUGUAAUCUUCAUUUUCUACACAUGAUCGGUGAUCGAACAGGAUUUAUACAUGUGGGGCCCUAUCAAAUAAUGGAUCUUAAACGUACCUUUUUAGAUACACCCUUCAGCUCCUACGUUUAUGAUGGCGGUUACCUAGGUCUUGCGCCUGAUACAUUCUUAGAAAGUGUGUUCGUUCAUGUCGAAGGUACCGUUGAUCAUAUACAUAAUCUAACGCUUGUUCAAGGAGGCAAUCUUAGACUUUUCAAAACGGGUUCAACUAAUAACAGAAGUCCAUUGAAUUACGUCAUUGAAGGUCUUACUGUUGUUAAGGCAGACUCUUACAUAAAUUGUUCUAAUCCAAACGCUGAUUCUGACUCCUAUGAGCUGACAUUUGGUUGGAUAAUUGUGGAAGGUGGUGGUCUUCUGAAAGGCGGGCAUCUUCAUAUAAUGGCCACUGAUUUCACCAUUGAUGAUGGUGGAAUAAUCGAUGUCAGUAAUGGUGGACAGUUACCGGACCAAGGAUCGGGUGCUGGUAAAUGGAGCAUGCUUGGAUCAAGUGGAGCGUCUCAUGGUGGACUUGGUGGACGAGGUGGCUGUGGUGGAUACACCACUUGCAGACUCGCACGCAAUAUGCCAUAUGGCGAUCUUUAUCUUCCUAACCAACACGGCUCCGGUGGAGCCCUGUCGAAUGGUGGCACAGGUGGAGGUAUAAUUCAUAUGGAAAUUGCACAUACACUAGCUGUUGAUGGAUAUAUAAAGGCAAAUAGUGAAAACACAAUCAGUGCAAGCACAAAUGGUGCCAGUGGUGGUAGUGGUGGCAGCAUCCUUAUCCAGACAUUUAACUUUACUGGCAGUCAUACAGGACACAUUCAGGCUCUUGGUGGGUCAGGAGACACUACCAAAGGUGGUGGGGGUGCCGGUGGUAGGAUUGCUCUCUAUCAUUCUCGGCAUGAAACUAUACCAUACCACAGAGGCUAUUAUGAUGUGCAUGGAGGUAAACCAGGAACCGGUGCUGAAGCUGGCGCCUCUGGUACAGUCUAUGUUCAGGAUGACGAGAGAUCAUAUAACAUGAUUCAAGUAGACAAUAAUGGACAGACACAUGUUGCCGAGGAUACAUCUGUCGGUAAUGAGGGUUAUCGUAUUGACCUGUCAUCCGAUACAUCUACCUACAGCAAGGCAACAUCAUACCAGACCAAAGAUGGCCAUACUGUUUCUGUGGAUAGGAACAUAUAUAACUGUGACUGCAGUCAUGGUUUGUGUACAUGUCCAUAUGGUAACUCCGCCUCCUACUACAGGUUACAUCAUUUGUUUGAUCAAACUUUACGAACGUCUGCUACCGAUUAUUUCAUGGUGGAAUCAGGAACUGCAACUCUUACUAUAACCUUGACUCAACAGAUGCAUAUUAACAAAAUCAAAGUGUACCCAACCAUUGCCCACUACACUAAAUUCAAGGUGACAGCAUACACGUCAUCCAAUGAUCCCAUAGAAGUGACCAGUAAUUAUGUCCUGCCAAGCUCCAGUGGUAUCCAGGGGGCAUACAUAGAUCUCCCUGUACGUAAGGAUGCUGUGAAGAUUGAGUUCCUGUUGAGUGGUACAGGUGCCCAGUACUCGUACCCGGCUCUCAGCGAGAUUGAAAUCUUUGCUGAGGAGGCAAAUGACCAUCUGAGAUACAAGCAUAUAGAACUUAGUGGAGCUUCAACCUGGAUUUUUGCCGACAAUAAUGAGCAGUUUACAUUCAGUGACAUCUUUAUUCUGGGCAACGCCCAUCUUGGCUUCAUGCCAAAUAGUGGCUACCAGGACUCCGCCUCAAUCUUUGCUAACAAUGUUGUCGGUGACAAAACUGGGUAUUUACAUAUUGGUUAUAACCAGGAUUUGACUGUGAACAACACUGAUUAUGAUGUUCCGUUCAACACUCAUGUUUAUGAGAAAGGUCAUAUCACAUACCCACCUAGAAAUUUCUUCUACAAGACAAAACUCUACUCUGCUGGAAAGGUGUCUGGUAUAGAAGAUCUCUAUGUGUUCAAAGAAGGUCUGGUUUCUAUUGACUCCAAUGGUAGCCUAGCAACUACACAUACAGCAGCCACUGUGUCACUGAAGUCGCUUCAUGUGCAAGAGGCUGGUACAUUCCAACUGUGGUCAGAUUCUCCCCUCAAAACAUUCAGUAUUGAUGCUACAAAUAUUUCAAUCUAUGGAGGUGGUCAUUUCCUGGUGAACACUGGUCUAAAUAUGAGCGUGCACCACCUACUGGCAGUUUACUCUGGUGGUAAAGUGGAUUUGAGUGGCUCAGGAUUCAGACCUAACACUGGACUAGAAGGCCCUGGAGCUGGAAUAGGUUCCACCUUGGGAGGAAGUGGUGGUGGUCAUGGCGGCAGCGGUGGUCGUGGUUCAAGUCUCAGACCUGUAGGUACUGGGUAUGACUCUCUGUACAACCCUGGCCAGGAAGGAUCUGCUGGUGGAUAUGGUCUCAAUUAUGGUGACCUAUAUUUUGGUGAUGAAGCCUACGGAAAUCAGUUGACACAUAAAACACUAGGUGGUGUUGGUGGUGGAUAUCUCACAGUAAACAGCCGCCAUGUUGACAUUGAUGGUCUGAUUGCCGCUAACGGCCUGGCACCUGACUCUAGAUUUGACCAAGGAGCUGGUGGUGGAGCUGGUGGGUCUAUCUGGAUUGUAUGUGAGGAAGUUGUUGGACAUGGAACUAUCACAGCUAAUGGUGGAAAUGGGGGAGGAGUUACCAGUCAAGCAGGUGGAGGCGGGGCUGGUGGUAGAAUCUCCGUCCAAUGUGACAAUGUUAACAAAUUUAACAUCACCAUGCGAGCUUAUGGAGGUGUAAGUAACAGUGAGACAGGAGGUGCAGGGACUAUGUAUCUUGAAUCAACACACAGCAACGGUACACUAAAUGUACAGAAACUCACAGUUGACAAUAACGGUCAUGCCUAUCCACAUGCUACCCUAUACAGUCAAGGUGAACUUAGAAACCUUCUUGAUGGAGAGUAUGCAAACAUUAGUUUCUCUGGUGGUGUGACGUGGAUCUCUCAUGAUAGUUUCACUUACAAGUUCAAGGAGCUCGAUGUACGUGGUAACGCUCAUGUUGCCAUUCUCAGCGACACUGACAAUGAAAAUAUUGAUCUACGUGUGGACUUCCUGUGGGGAGACAGGUCUGGUGUAUUGCAUGCUGGGAAAAAUCAAACAUUUGGACUGAGCGAAGUUGAUGUUUACCUCCCAGCAAAUCUUGCUGCUUACCGGUAUAGUAGAAUAGAAGUACCUGCCAAGAUGACCCUGCGAGAGGUUUGGUCUGAGAUAAACGGUACCAUUGAGGGUAUGGACGUAAUUGCCAUAGAAAACGAGGGUGAACUCUACAUCUGGUCUUACGCCAACUCCGAUGGCUACGAGGAGGGGCAGCUUAAAGCUACAAAUAUCUCCAUCCGUGCUGGCGGAAAGUUUGAGCCUCUUGCAGCAGUUAAACAAAUGAAGUUGAAUGUGACCCGGCUUGUUAUUAAUGGAAAUGGAUAUCUUAGGACAAAUAAUCUUAAGCUGGGAGCCACCAAUAUAACUAUUGAUCUCUCAGGUGACUUCCAUGCUGAUUUCACUGGUUACCCUGGAGGUGAGGGUACUGGUGGUGGUAGAAAUGCCAACAGUCAUGAGGGUGGUGGAUCUGGUGGUGGUCAUGGAGGUCGUGGUGGCAGGUGUAAAUCUGGAUUAUUUUCCGCAUAUGCCUAUGACUCCAUCUAUAUGCCGGCAGAGAAAGGAAGUGGUGGUGGUAACUCUCCGACUGGGGCUGGUGGAAGAGGAGGAGGAAUAAUUUAUCUGUAUGUGGAAGAUGAAUUGAGAGUUGAAGGACGUUUACAUAGCAACGGUGAGAAGGGGAGUGACAGUAAAUGUGGAGGCGGGGCUGGUGGCUCCCUCUAUAUAUCUGUCAAUCAUCUUGAUGGUACCGGAUCUAUUGAAACCACCGGAGGAGCUGGUGGAACAAAUGGUGGUGGAGGCGGUGGUGGUAGAAUUGCCAUAUACCACACAGAUCAGAACCAUUUUACUGGCGAAUAUCUUAUACAUGGUGGGAAUGGUGCCUACCAGUAUGGUGGCGCUGGAACCGUUUACAUUGAAUCCCAUUAUGUCUCGCCACCUUAUCGCCAUCUUCGAUCUGAUAAUGGCAAAUAUACCACUAGCAACCGUAUCCAUGAAGUUGAACGCUUGAAUUUGACAGGAAAUUACUUCACCACAACAAACGCACCAGAACUGACUUUCCAUACACACAGUGGGAUCAACAUUACGACAGACAAGCUUCCAUAUGCUAUCCAUCAUUACUCGUCAGGUCACUACAACUACUACUCGCCUGUGUACGCCCUAAGUCACAUGUUCAGUGACAGUCAAGCAAACGUGAAUUAUUUCUAUAUGGCUGCAGACACGACAGCGAGACUCACUAUUGACCUACCUUUCGAGACUUACAUCGAGUAUAUCAAAGUGUACCCAUACUGUAACACAGCUUAUAGCGCCAAUAAUAAUAACUAUGGAAAUCUAGUCACAUAUUACUCGGCUGAGAGCUCCCUGGCCGGUGGUGCCCCGACAGACUUGACCGGAGGAUUUGUCACCACCGACUAUUGUCAGACACAGACGGUUGCCGAGCAAUAUGGUAUCAUAGAGAUACGAGAUAAUGUGGAUCAGGUCAUCAUAAAUCUCCAGGCUACGGGCAGUUAUGUUGCCUUGAGUGAAAUAGAGAUUUACGUGAGAGAGGAUCCUGCAGCCACCACUCAAACCCCUUACUCAAAUGAGAAUGGUACAGGCUAUAUACUGCCUGAAGGAGCAGAUACAAACUUUGAGUUUGACAAGCUGGAUAUUUUGGGUGGUGCUUCACUAAAUUUAGAUGGUGUAAACAUGAACCUGACCGCUCAUGAAGUUGAGGGCGAUGAUACAGGAAGAGUAACUCUGAGAAGUUCUCAGUCAUAUGAGAAUACCGAGAGUCGAGUAUUGCAGAACAUCGGUGUUCUCUCUCAGAGACAAUCUUAUGUUAAUCUCCCACCAGAGCUGGACUGCCGGGGUAUCGACAUGUAUAUCAAAGGACAUUUCCGUACAAUGGAGAAUAUUACAGUUAAUGCACUGUGUAACUUGACAAUAGAUCACCACACAAUUACAGAGAAUACUAUAGAUAAUCUUGACAUUAAAACAUUCGGUUCUGUAGCCGUGUUCACCGAGGAGGAGGCACUCACCACACUGAUUGGUUCCACACUUACAGUGCGCAGUGGUGCUAGGCUAACAUCCAAUGACCUGAAGUUAGACUAUUACAAUAUCACCCUAGAACCAUAUGGUCUCCUUACAGUUACUAAAGGAUGUCCAUAUAAACUCCAGCAUGAUGGUGUUGGUGCAGGACAUGGCAAUGUUGGAGGUAGUUCUGGUGGUGGUCAUGGUGGUAAUGGAGGUCAAGGUCAGGCUGAACCAGUUGCUGGUGGUGCCCAUGACUCAUUCCUAUAUCCGACCAAGUUUGGUAACAAUGGUGGUCACGCACUGUUCCCCCACCGCGGAGGUUUAGGUGGUGGAAGGUUGUAUCUUAAAGUUAACCAUACCCUUACUGUGGACGGUUUCUUGACUGCGCUCGGUGGUGACUGGCGUUCAGUGGCUGCUGGAGGUGGUAGUGGCGGUACCAUACAUAUAGAAACCUACACGAUUGAUGGAAAUGGAGAUAUUGAUGCCUCUGGUGGAGCUGGUUAUGAUGGUGGCUGGGCUCCACAUGGUGGUGGUGGUGGAGGUGGCAGAGUCACCCUCUACUAUAUGUACAACUUCUAUGUUGGUGAUUUUAUUAAUCAUGGAGGAUCUGGGGGAAGCAAUGCUGAGCCAGGUGGCCCUGGAACUGUGUACUUGCAUAAAUUACCUGAACUUUUGGCGAACGGCUCUGUUCCAUUGAGUUUCAGUGACAACAGAACUUUAUACCUUAACAACAAGGGGUAUGAGCCUCGUGAUCCAUACAGGAACUUGACUGAUUUGUAUGCAUCUUACCCGAAUGCAAGUGGUGUUGCCUGGAUCUGGCCUGGUUCCUAUCCUCCUUCAGUUACAGUUGCACAGCCGGGUAUCAGUACAAUCAAAGAUGUUACCUUAGACUAUUUGAAGGUUUAUGAGAAAGCACAAAUGGGUAUGGUAAGACCUGUACAUACAGAGAAAAUAGAUCUAGAUGCCAUGUACACGGAGGGUGACCGUACCGGACAUGUACAUAUAGGAUAUAACCAAACAUUGUUUAUAGGUACUGGACAGCUACCUCUUGAUGUAUCUCUCUACCACGGUAGUGCUACAACAUUACAAGGUGAACUCCGUGUUGCCGGGGUAACCGUCAUGAUAGAAGGUGUGGUUGACAAUGUGGAAAACAUGACCAUUGUUGAUGGUGGUACCCUGAAGAUCAACUACAUGAUGGACCUUGACUUCCAGCGUAUAGAUGCUAUCUCCUUUACCUCAUUCAGUAUCAGAAACCGAGGUUCCCUCAUCAUGAACAAUGACGAGUUUCAGCAUAGAAUGACUGGACAAAACAUGCAGAUCUAUCCUGGAGGAACUUUACAAGCCAAACAUCUGUAUGUUAGUGUAGACACAUUACUAGUAGAUGUAAUGGGAACAUUUAAUGCUGACAGUCUUGGAUACUGUGACAUGGCCGGACCAGGUGCCGGAUAUUCAGUACAAGCUGGAUCUGGUAACUUCUAUGGUACCGGAGGAAGUCACGGAGGAGAAGCCGGUGCGGAGAACUCUACGAUGACGGCUCCUUCGGCUUAUGGGAACUUUAUCUCUCCAGACAGGUUCGGUAGUGCUGGUGGUGAUGCCGGCGCACAGAAAGGUGGUUGUGGAGGUGGUAUAUUGAUUCUCAAUGCCAACACAUUGCUCAAAGUUGACGGAACUCUUAGUGCCAAUGGCCAGGAUGGUUCCUCCAAUUCUGGUGGAGGGGCUGGUGGCAGUAUAUACGUGACAACACCAGAGUUUGAUGGAACCGGAACUGUUGAGGUCAAAGGUGGAUCAGGAAGGAAUGGUGGGGCUGGUGGCAGAUUGGGUAUUGCCUAUGGAUUUAUUAACUUCAUUGGAGAGUACUUUUCUGAUGGUGGUGUAGGUAAUGGUGGAGAAAAUGCUGCUGCCGGGACCGUGUUCACCAAGGAUACAGGAGUCAAUGGAACUAAAACACUUAAAAUCUAUAAUAGAAAGGGAGAAGGGAAUCGUAGGACAAGAAUUUCUAUCCCUCAAAGUAAGACCAGUGACCAUGACAUUGAUACACUUGACCUUGGUGACUAUGCUGAGGUUGGUCUCCUAGCAACAGAUAAUGAUGGUAACCCGGUAACAGGCAGGCGUGACCUUUAUCUUCAGCUUGUUGAGGGUGAUUACACAGCUACUGUUCAUGUUGAAGAAGGCAUGUGGUUGAACAUAGACUUCAAAGAUUCUGCCAUGUUAUCCUUCAGUGUUGCUGUUUACCCAGAUGGACAAGUCAACCUACCAUCAGAUACUUACCUUAAAGAUGUUACAGUAUAUGACUAUGGUGGUACAAUCACUGGCCUUGAAACUUUUAACAUUUCUCGUGGUGGUGCCGUCAAAGUGUACCCUCCCUCUGUCACUAACCCUCACUAUAAAUCUAUCGUAUACAACUUGAACACUAUCAGCGUGCUAGAUGGCGGGUUGUUUAGAUACUAUGGUACAGCUGAGGACGGAGAUGUUUUGGAGGUUAACCUCGCUGGAGAUCUCAUGAUUAGAGGUGGCGGUGAGAUGCAUGUCAACAAAAUGAAGUUAGACGCUGUCAACAUCACAGUAGAAUCUGAAGGUCUGCUCAGUGCUUCUAGUGGUGGUUACCUGCCAGGUGGUGGUGUUGGCGCAGGUAUCGGUCACACUGUUGGUAGUUCCGGUGGCUCACACGGUGGUAUCGGUGGUCAAGGCAGCAAUGCCGAUUAUGCCGGCUUAGCUCAUGGCAGUGUCCACCAGCCUAAAGCUUAUGGUAGCGGCGGUGGUGUCGAUACCUCAGCAAGUUAUGGACGAGGCGGUGGGGUACUGGAGCUGACAGCUAGUGGGUAUAUAGAGGUAGACGGUGAGGUUAGAGCUGAUGGAGAGGAUGCCAAUGAGACGGCUGUAGGUGGGGGAGCAGGUGGUUCCAUCUUGAUGAACUCUGACACAUUCUCUGGAACUGGUGUUAUCUCUGCAAGUGGUGGAGCAGGUGCCUGCGUGCCACACUGUGCCAACUGUGACUCGUACAGAAGAUGUUUGAGCUGUAAGUCAGGAUACACCUGGGAUCAUUAUAUCUGUGUUGGUGCCUCAAUCACUGCAGAAAUUGCCGGUGGUGGUGGUGGUGGUGGCAGAGUUGCAGUAUAUGUUGACACGGAGAAUACAUUCCGUGGUGAAUAUCAGACUUAUGGAGGUCAAGGUUUCUCAGAGAGUGGUGGCUCAGGCACUGUUUAUGUCAAAGCCCCAGAAAAUGCCAACGGAACCCAAGUGUCAUCUCUCUACCUCGACAACCGUAAAUCCAUUCCUAAAGAUACAUACAUUGAUGAUGUGACUCAGGACAGCUGCAGGACGUACAUUAUUACUGCCACGGGCGACACCAAUGAGGACAUGACCUUUGAUCACGUUUAUAUUAACGGGGGUAGUCAUUUGGCACUCAGAAAGACUGCCACAUCUAAUGUAGACAUAACUAUCAACAUGUUGCAUGGAGAUUUAUCAGGAAUGAUCCAUAAAAUCAUUGAUAUUGGCUUUAGUGCUGGUCAGAACAAGUUGACAUUUGCAUUUGACAAUGUUCAGAUAUAUACGGAUGGUAAAAUGUCCUCUGAUUACGUUGAUGAGUUCACACCAUCACUUGUAAUACAGAUAACAAAUGAGCUACGCCUACAUGCUGGAGCCACUAUUGAGGCUCCCUGGGUAAAGGUAGAUGCUACUGGAGGAUUGAUACAGAUUGAUGCAGCUAGUUUGAUCAAUGCAAGCUCUCAGGCUCCAAGUUCUUUGCCACAAAAUGGUGUCAACACAGAUGCUGGAGGUGGUUCUGGUGGUGGUAAUGGUGCGGCAGGAGGUCAAGCCUCAUUCCAGGACUAUGUGGGCCCACCACCAGAUUAUGGCUCGAUCUAUGAACCAAAAGAAUUUGGUGGAAAUGGAGGCACAGGGGGUGGAUCUACAUCAGAUCUCCGAUGCACAUUCUCUACCACACAAGGUGGCGGUAAAGGAGGUGGUGUCAUUGAGCUAACGGCAGACUCGUUACAUCUUGACGGAGAGUUAAUGGUAACAGGUGGUAAGAGUAAGGGACCUAGAGCCGGUGGUGGCGCUGGUGGUAGUGUCUAUGUUCAGGUGAACACACUAUCUGGUGAUGGUACAAUAUCAGCUCAGGGUGGUUCCCUUGGUGAAGAUACUGGUACCUUCACAACAACAACACCAGUCCCAACAACAACAACAACAUUAGCAACAACACCUUCAGGCGUAACAACAACAGCAGCCCCAUCAAACUCUUCAGGUCCUAGCAUAGUUUCGGACCCCAAUUGUCAAGGUGGUGGAGGGGCAGGUGGGCGUGUUGCUCUACACUAUAACGAGGAAACAUUCUCCGGUCGUAUCACAGCUUACGGUGGAUCAGGUCACGAGUGUGGUGGCGCAGGUACUAUAUUGAAACACGACACUGAUAACAGCACUAACAAACUGACUGUAGAUAAUGAGAAUGUAUGUACGCCCUUAAACUCGCGUGUUGAGUGGACACAACUGACCACUGCCCAUAGAGGACAACUCAGUUUCUAUACAUGGCUCUUUGAUGAUACCACUUCUCAUCAACACACAUUUGAGGAGGUACACCUGAGUGGUCAGGCCCAGUUAGCUCUGUACAGAGUGAAUGGUCAAACAUUUACACAGUCUAUUACAGUAAAUAAAACUGUAGGUGACAAGUCAGGCAUGUGGCAUGUUGGUCCAUACCAGGAGUUUGCCGCAAGUUUACCUGAUGACAGUCCGGAGUUACAGUUUGGAAUGUUUGUAUAUGAGAAUGGUAUAAUGGAGGCGGAGCAAAUUCUCACUGUUACCGGUAUCACAAUAGAGAAUGAGGGUUCUCUUAAAGGUGUAGAAAAUCUUGUCAUCGGUCCAAAUGGAAAAAUUAUUCUAAGACCAGAUAGCAGUGGUGGUGUACCGGUUAUCACAUUUACAUCUGUCACUGUACAAGGUGGUGGUACUCUAGUUAUUGAGACUGAAGGUAACGGAAUGAAGCUUGUUGGUACAGAUUUCACGAUACAGAGUGGAGGCACAGUCGAGGCUGACAAUCUCCAUGUUGAGGCUAAUACACUCACUGUUGAGGACUCGGCUUAUAUAAAGGCUGACAAACUUGCAGUACACACUGAUGGAGGUCCAGGUAAAGGAACAGAUGGUAGAGGUGCUGGACAUGGUGGCCAGGGUGGUAAAGCUACCAACACUGCUGGUACAGCCUAUGGCGGUGGUCUGUACUACGGUGAUAUUGUUUCACCAGCCGUUGCCGGUAGUAACGGUAUCUUUAAAGACUUCACAAAUGAUGAGGAAGUGAUCGGUGGUGGAAUAUUGAAGUUUGACAUUGCUUCUACAGCCAAUAUUGACGGUGUGAUAAGCAGUAAUGGCGAGGAUGGUACAAGUCUAGCGGGCGGUGCCAGUGGUGGUAGUAUCAUACUCAAUACCGUCACCUUCAAUGGCAAAGGAAAAGUCACAGCAAAUGGAGGAAAAGGAUUGGCAAGUACCGGUGGUGGAGCUGGUGGUAGAGUGGCGAUCACUUAUACAAACUCCGAGUUUACCGGUUCAUAUGUAGCGUACGGUGGUCGCUCUGCUCACAGUACCGGAGGUGCUGGAACAGUUUAUGUUAAUGCUGGCAGCAAGUCAAAACUAUACAUUGAUAAUAAACAAGCAUCUAAUGUAGAUGAUUCUAUACAAAGUUAUGAUGUAUCUGGAGUAGAGGAUUAUGACAGUGGUCGUACAUGGAUUGUGUUCCCAUCAUCUGGUUCCCUUACUGUAGAUCAAGUCUAUUUAUUAAAUGGAGCCCAUGUUGCACUGGAACCAGCCACUAACCCUGCAACUGCCCAACACAAAUUCACAACUGAAGGUUUCUAUGGUGAUGGUUUUGUAAAUGAUGCCUCGAAGCUGGGAACUAUCCAUGUUGGUCCCAGCCAGACAUUUACAGUCAGAGCUAUAGAUCUUUACUUCCCUGCACACGCUAUUGUAUAUGAAAAUGGCUUGCUAGAAAUGCCGUCCAAGGUUAAAUGGUUUAACUCAGACAGUAAGAUAUAUGGUACAAUUGGUGGUGUGACAGAACUUACACUGGUACAAUCUAAGCUUGAUCUAAAGAAGACCAGUAAAACUCAGGGAAGCACCAUUGAUGGAAAGUACACAAUAUCAACAGUGAAUGUCAUGGCAGGAGGUGUCCUUAACAUGACGGAGGACAUUCAGUAUCGCCUUAUACUCACUGACCUCUAUGUGGCGCCCUCUGGUAUCAUUGAUGGAGCUGAACUUCUGAUACAGACAACAAAUGCCCUCAUUGAAGAAGGAGGUGUCAUUAACCUCAGUGAAAGAGGAGCAGCACUGAAAACUGGACCAGGUUAUUUACCAAACUAUGGAUCGGGCCACAGUGGAGAGGGUGGUGGGUAUUACAACUCUAGCUGCACUUGUUACAUGCGCGGUCUGGCUUAUGAUGACUUUAAAGAGCCAACUGAAGCUGGUUCAGGUUCUGACACAGCCACUGGUGGUGGUGUGCUCAAACUUGAAACCUCAGGCACUGUGGAGAUACAGGGAGAAAUAAAUGCUGAUGGUGGUAGUGCUACAAGCCAUGGUGGAGCUUCGGGAGGCAGUAUCUGGAUCACUUGUUCUACUGCUAAAAUAGGAGGCCUUAUCCAUACCAAUGGUGGAAAGGGUGCAAGUGCAGGAGGAGGUGGUGGUGGUUUCAUCGCCAUUUAUUUCGAUAACGGAUAUGUUGAUGAUCGUUACAUCACCUCGUAUGGUGGUAAGACGUCCAGUGGCGAAACUGGUGCUGCUGGAGUUAUCUACCUUCAGGAAAAUAAUAACAGAAAGACAUUGAUCAAGAGCAAUGAAGCAUCAGAUGCCCUGUCAACAAUGUCUGUGUUACCAUCUGCUGCAAGUACCCAACUUGACAUAGUUGAGAUCAUUGGCCCGGCAACUGUCGGCUUCCUUACCAGAUCUACCACACCGGCACUAAACGCACAAGUUGGAAAAAUAAUCGGAAAUGCUGAUUCACUAGUCAGGAUCGACCAGUAUGUAGAUUUAUAUUGGGGAACACGUGUUGGUAUUGUCGACACACUGAGAAUUAACACCAAUGUUCAUGUUCAGCACAAUGGUAAAAUUGAUUUACCAAAGACAGUUAUUAUAGACAAAGGAUGGAGUCUUGAUGUUUGCGGAAUAAUAUCUUCAAAUACCAAUGAGAUGACUGUCAGAGAAGAUGGUGCUCUCAAAAUAUCUCAUCCUGCAGCAGAUCUUCAGAUUAAUACUCUUGUUAUUGACUAUCAAGGUAAACUAGAAGGCUCUGAUUACUGUGAUACUACCCUGAAUAAGGUCACUCUGAAAUUGACAUAUUUUAAUACAACAUCCGGUUUCAGCCUUGACACAACUAGGUUCUCUUUAAGUGCUUCUAAAACCGGCACAGUAUCGGCAACUGCUUCACCCUUAUCCCAGGAUCGUUGCCCAACAACUGCUAAUCUUAUUCUCAACAGAACUCAGUCAUGUACAAUGCCAACUGGUUCAAAUACUUAUACAUCAAUAACUAUCAAUACCGGAGCAGAAUUGAAAAUCAAUGGAAGCAAGACAGGUUCUGAUACAACUGUAAUAAAUGCUAACAACAUUAAUGUCAAAUUUGGUGGUGUGAUCACUGGUGUCGGUACCGGAUAUGAAUCCGGAGGAGCAGGUGCCGCCUCGUCGGGUCAGGGAGCAACACAUGGUGGACGAGGUGUAGGUAAUACCAAAGCUACGUACGGUAGUAUUCAGAGUCCAAUGACUUACGGCAGUAAUGGAAAUGGUGCAACAAGUUCUUCCGGAAGGGGAGGUGGGCAACUUAAAUUAGUUGUAUCCAACACCUUAACUGUUGAAGGAACAAUUGACAUGAGUGCUGACUCUGGAAAUGGUGGAAGUGGUGGAUCGUUAUUUGUCACAGCUAAAACUAUUGAAGGAGAUGGUUAUAUGAAAGCUGAGGGUAGUUCCGGUGGUGGUGGAGGGAGAAUAGCAGCCAUUGCUUCAUCAACCUACUCUUAUACUGGAACUCUGUCUGCUCUUGGUGGAGAGACAGGAGGAAAUAAGGGGUCUCCAGGAACUGUGUAUGUGCAGUAUCCAGGAACCAGUAAAACGAUAGUCUCUGGAAGUAGUACAGAAACUUACCCACUCACAUCCAACAUUGGCACUCUCAGUAUCGAGGAAGGUGCCACUGUUACUGUAGAAGGUAGUGUCACAGUUGGGCAACUUCUCGAUGAGUCGCCAGAUUCUACAUGUAAACUGACCGUCCUUGCUGGAAAUUCUCUUACAGCAACGUCCAUGGGUGACACACACAGAGGUUUUGGGUGUGAAGUACUGGUAGAAAACACCGGAUCACUGACUGUAUCUGGAGAUCUUCUUAUAUCAGGUGACAGUCCAGUAUUGAAUGUGCUUGGAACACUUACAGCAAACACACUCACCAUUGACAAUCAUGGUCAAUUUGCUGUUGAAUCUACAGGACAGGUUAUUAUUAGCUCACUGAAAUUGUCGGCUUGGUCAGAAACUACAGUUGCCUUGUCAGCAGUAUUUGGCAGCAGUUCCAGCAAAAUUGCCAUGGAUGACUUUGAAAUGGGAUAUGAAGCAAAUAUCACUUUUGCUCAUAGUGAACUGAAUAUUGAAACAACUUCAUUCAAGAUGGACUCUCUAUCUAAGUUGCUGGUUGAAGGUGACAAGAAGAAGAUCAGUAUCACUACCACUGACUUCACACUACAAGAUGGAGCUGAGAUAAGCGUGUCAGAAGGAGGCGACCUAGAUUCUGGAUCCGGAUCUACAUCUGGCACUGAAGGAGCCAGCUAUGGUGGGGAGGGUGGAGACAGUACGGGAUCAACAUAUGGUUCAUCAGUUCAACCUGUAGACUAUGGCAGUGGCUCAUCAUCUGCAAGAGGUGGUGGUAUAUUGAAUCUGAUUGUGAGCGCAACUGCUGAGAUUGAUGGAUCCCUGCUGGCUGUUGGAGCUAACUCAACAACAACAGGUGGCGCUAGUGGAGGUACUAUCUAUAUUGAGGCUGCCACCCUUCAAGGCCAUGGUAAAUUGUCUGUCAAUGGUGGAGACAGCUCUUCUGGUGGUGGUGGUGGUGGAGGAAGAAUUGCUCUAAAAGCACCUCUUCAGUCCGACUUCCUUGGAGAUGUUACGGCAUAUGGUAGUUCCGGUUCGACUAACUACGGUGCUGCAGGAACUAUUUACAAGGAAUAUGAACAAUCAGGAGGAUCACAAAUUAAGAAGGUCACUAUUGCUAACAAUGAUCAUGUCACUGAAGCCUUCUCCCAUAUCAGUGGAGUAGUAACAUUGACUGAAUUAGAGAUAAAUGGUUAUGGACAAGUGCAGUUUGAUGGCACAUCAUCAUUUGAGGUCGGCACAGUCACUGGUGACUACACAGGAACUUUAACAAUUUUAGAAAAUCAGGUCUAUGAAAUUGCCACAUCAUAUGGUACACUAACCCCAUAUGCUUUGAAGUGUAAACUUAUCAUCAAGGAAAAUGGAGAAGCUACUAUUCCAGCAAAGAUUCUACUUACAGAUGAUGAUGCAACUGGUUUAGACUGGUACAAUCUAGAGAUCUAUGGAACUGUUCUAGGUGUAAGAGAAAUGACUGUUUCAUCUGGUGGACAGGUCCUGAUACAUUCGCAGAGUAGGUCAGGACUUUCUUCAACUAACUUGAAGCCGAUUGGAACAUUGUCUCUGAGUAAAAUUGAUGUAACCACUGAUGGUUUACUUGAACUCAGCUUGGACAGUAUGGAUCCAUACACUCUUGAAAUGAUUAAAGAAUUCAAUGUCAAGUUUGGUGGAACAGUUACUGGAAGAAACCUUUUUAUUGAAUCCCCAGCUGCAGAAAUUGCCUAUGGAGGAGUUCUGAAUGUUAAUGGUGGUAAUCUAGAUGCUGGAAAUGGUGCUGGUGACUCGGGUACAACUGGUGCUGGUGGUAGUCAUGGCGGCGCUGGCGGGGCAUCUGCUGAUGACGUCCUACCUUCUGCAAAUUACACUGGACUUCUGAAUGCCGCAACUGAGUUUGGUUCAGCCGGUGGUAAUGGCAGUACAGACAGUGGUUUAAGAGGUGGUGGUUAUCUUAAACUCACCAUUGCCAAUAAAUUAACUCUUCACGGACUUGUAAGUGCUGAUGGUAAAGGUAAUGAUACAAUUAAUGGUGGCGGUGGUAGCGGGGGUGCUGUGUACAUUAUUGUCUCAGGGGACAUUGAUGGGUCUGGUAGCGUAUCUGUUAAAGGUGGUGCUUCAGGUUCCGGUGGUGGUGGCGGUGGUGGAAGAAUCCACAUAAAAGUUGACGGAAGUUUCGACUACCUUGGAGACUAUAAACUCUGUGGUGGAACCUCCGCAACUGGACAAGCGGGUGGAUCUGGAACUGCUUUUGCCACAUUCCAACAAACAGGAACUCCAGGAUAUGUGAAUUACGGUUACCUAGACAACUCAUGUGCAUCAGGUGCAACUGAUGGUGUAACAGUUAUACAUCUUCCUAACAUUCCAUUGUACGAGUUAGCUAACUUAAACAUCGGUGAUAACACUAAAGUCUGGCUCAACACAGCGGGUCUUCACUUCAAAGCGAAGACUUUGACCUGUGGCUCUGGUAGUACAAUACGUGUAGACAAUGAUGUUGUAUUUAGUGCAGAUGUUGACCUGUCAUACAGUGCUAUAACAUGCAGUUUUGACCUGAAGCAAGAUGGAGAACUUAGACUGCCAAACUCUGUAGAGUUGAAAGGGGAGUCCAGUACCUUAGAAGGAAUUUUGUCCAACAUCCAGAACUUGAUUAUAUCCUCCUACCAAAAGGUGACACUAUCAGCUAAGGCACGUACAGGUGUAUGUUGUGACAGCAAUGGUCAGCAUACAUCACUCUCUAACAAAGGAGAGUACAGCUUCUCAAAGUUCACACUGGAGAGCUAUGCUGAAGUUAUAUUUGAGAAGGACCCUGUCACACUUAAAGGAAUUCAGUUUGCCAUACUCGAAUUACAUUACGGGGCAAUCCUGAUUGGUGAAAGCCUUGAUAUCACAGCUAAUGAGAUUACACUACAUCCUGGUUCCACACUCAAGUUGGAGGGAGGAGGUUUUGGUCCUGAGCUUGGCCCUGGAGCUGGUUCCCUGGUUAGUGGUGUUGGCACUGGUGCAGGACAUGGAGCUCCUGGAGGAUCAAACUCAACUGAUGUGAGUGGUGGUGUCGUUUAUGACAACACAAGACUUCCAACACUGGCUGGUAGUGGUGGUGGUAACUCGGCUAAUGGAACAGGUGGUGCUGGUGGUGGCUAUCUUAAGUUAUAUCUGUACGGCACUCUUACUGUUGAUGGUGUAAUCCAAGUUGAUGGUGAAGCUGCAAAUGGUACGAAUGCAGGCGGAGGUAGUGGAGGUACUAUUGAUAUAACCACGCCAGUACUUGAAGGUAAUGGUGAGAUCCGCAGUAAUGGCGGGAAAGGAGAUGAAUUUGGUGGCGGUGGUGCUGGUGGCAGAAUGGUCCUUAAAAUAACGAACACGAACGACUUUACUGGUACCAUGAAAGCAUAUGGUGCUGGUAAUGAUCAUAAUGUAAUGACUGUAAAAGCUGGUCCAGGUACAAUUUACCUGUUGGAAGGUAAAUCACCAAAGGAAGUUUUCUCACUUGUGAUAAUUGGCGAUGCUGACAGUCCAAUACAAGAGCAGACUUACACAUAUAUCAGUGGCAAUACUGGAGAGUUUAAAUAUAACCUCCUAUCUCUCUCAGGUUACGCCAAUACUGAGUUUGGUGCAGCAGACACAGAAUUACGACUUGCUGAUAUAGCUGGUGACACAACUGGUACACUUCAUUUAACAGACCAACAAGUUGUCAGAGCUGCUGUUAUUGAAGGUGUUGUUGGUAGUUUCAUUACAACUGUAAAUUUCAAAAUUGGAAAAGAAGCAACAUUGCAUGUUCCCGAGACACUGACAGUUGCCGGCGUUACUCUUGACAUUGAGGGUACCUGUACAUUCAAUGACCUAGUUGUAGAGAAUGGUGGUACUAUUAAAGGACAUAAUACAACAUUUACAUCCAGCUAUGCCAAUGGUUUAUACUCCCCUACCAGCAAUGCAGGUAGUUACUCCCUGGGCUCAAUUAAGUUGAAAGCUGGCUCUAGUUUCAUUUUGCCAACAGGAGGAUUCAUUAUGACAAUUGGAACAUUGGAAAUGAAACGAUUUGUUGUUCUAGAAGCAGAAUAUGUUGAACUUGUUGCUAUUAAUCUUAUCUUGGAACGUGCAGCAUCACUGAGCACAAAUGGAAGAUCAAGUGUUAACGAUCCACUUGUACCAAGUUCCGCUCACGGAAUUGGCAAGAAUGGCGGUGCCCAUACAGCUGCUGGUGGUGUUGGCGGAAACUACACAGUUGAUGAUGCAUCUGAACCAUAUGGUACCAUAUACCAACCUCUUACACCUGGAGCGUCAGGAGGUCAGGGAGGUCAAGGUGGUGGUUUUAUAAAGAUCACAACAGAUGAUCUCAUUCUGGAUGGAAUUUUACAAUCCAAUGGUGAUGACUCUGAUACUGGAGGCGGAGGUGCUGGCGGUAGUAUCUAUGUUGUAUGCAGUUAUUCAUUGAAAGGGCUUGGGACAAUGGAAACCAAAGGCGGAUCUUCAACAGACCCAGAAGGUGGGGCUGGUAGUGGAGGUCAUAUUGCAGUAGAUAUGAAAUCAGAUGAUUUCCAGGGUACCUACAGUGCAGGUGGAGGUACAUCUUUAGCCACUCAUGGCAAUGGUGGUCCAGGUUCAAUUUAUCUGAUUUCUGAUACCAAUGGUGAAAAAUUGACAUGUGACAAUGAAAAUGGCCAAAAAGAUUAUUAUACAACCUUGAAUGAAACUCCUUUAGUUCUUAAUUUUGAUGUUGUUGAUAUUUAUAACUUUGCUAAACUACAACUGAUCAAGGAUGGGCAGCCUAGAGAGCUGAAUAUCUUGAAGGUCAAUGGAGAUAGUACUGGACUAGUGAGAAUUCAGACUAACCAAAAAGGAACACUUGAAAGGUCAGUCACAAACACACAGGCUAAUUCUAAGAUGAGAGUGAACAUUGAACUUCAUGAUGGUGGUGAGUUUAUCAUGUCAGAAACUGUUACAAUUCUUGGCCUUGGUUCGGUUGCACUUGACUUGGAUGGCGUGUUAAGAGGUGUUUCCAAUUUGUAUCUUGGACCAAGCAGAAGAAUGAGAAUGGGCUCCAAUGCUAAGAUUGUACCAUUCUCGGCUACAAAUCUAGCUGCUAUUACUUACGUCACCUUUGGAACAUUCCAACUUGAGCCAGGAAGUAUUGUUGAGUAUGAUGCAGACACUGGAGCCAAUAUUCAAGCAGGAAACAUUAAUCUUAAGUUUGCUGCAACGCUGUAUGCUGAUUACUUUAAUGUCAUUUCAUCAAAUAUUGAUUUAGAAUUAGAAAGCAAACUCAGUUGUUCCAGUGCGAACAGACCUGAUUCAGCCAACAUGGAUGUAACUACAGGUUCCGGUAUUGAAGGUGAUGGCUACAAUGGUGGUGCAGGUCAUGGUGGAGUUGGUGGAGGCGGAAAAGAUGAUUCAAAUAAUAUUGUAACAGGUGGCUCUUACAAUUCUUUGUAUGAACCAACCACAGCUGGAAGUAGAGGCACAUAUAACUCUACAUCAGGAGCGAAACUUGGUGGACGUGGUGGUGGUUGGAUACAUUUUCGGAUUGGUAAUUUGCUUAUUAAUGAUGGAACUAUUUCUGCCGAUGGUGAAGACACUCCUGCAGGAGGGACUGGUGGUGGUGGCAGUGGAGGAAGUAUUUGGAUUGAAGUAUAUGAAUUUGAAGGCUAUGGAUAUAUUUCAUCUGUCGGUGGCACAGGCAAGUUAAAGAAUGGUGCGGGUUCUGCAGGUCGUGUUGCUGUACACUGUACACUUCAGAUUGAAUUUGAGGGUAACUUUGUUGUGUAUGGAGGCGGUGGAGCAGAUGACACUCAGAGUGCUGGAGGAGGAACUGUGUAUCUGAAAGACACACGAUCAGCAAAAAUAUACAAACGUCUUUUACUAGAUAAUCAAAAUCGUCCACACGACAAGUAUGCAACUAUUGAUGAAAGCUUUACUGAUCACUAUUUUGAUGAAGUCCAUCUUGUAAACCAAGCAUCUGUCCACCUUGCUGAUGAUAAUAGAAACACUGUCUUAGAAAUAGAUAAUGUGUUUGGUGACGGUACAGGCUUAAUUCAUUUACAUAAACAACAAGUUCUCAAGGUUGAAUAUAAGCCAUCGGUAAGAAAUGCAUUCUUAACUGGAGUUAACUUUAUCACUGAUGCAGAUUCUGAAGUGUAUUUCCCAUCUAUUGUUUAUGUUUAUGGUUUAGGGGUCUUCCUUGACGGACAAACAGAGUCAAGAUCUAUGGCUAUAUUUGGCCGACUUGCGGGAAUAGCAGAUCUGAUCCUUGGCUUUGAAACCUUGCUCUAUUUUGGUGAUCAUGCACACACUGCUGCUAUUGAUGCCACAACACAGACUUAUGGAACAAUAGAUCCCUUUGGAACAGUAACAUUUGGUACAGUAGACUUAAGAAGUUAUUCUGAAAUCAAAUACUCACCUGAUCAGAACGUGUUACAGAAAAUCGCCAGAAUCGACUCAAGGUUCCAAUCUGUUAUCUCAGCAGAGAGUAUCACAAUUCAGACUGGUAUCCUGAAUAUUGAGGCUGGUGCUAAACUCAGUGCGUCUGCUAUUUACCGACCACAUGAUACUCUAGAUGAAGUAUUAGGAGAGGGUAUCUCAGCCUCUGGAAACAGUUCCAUAGGAACUGGUGGUGCCUAUGCAACCAAUGGUGGAGGAUACUAUGACUCCAGUAACAACUUAUUGCUAGCUGGAGGAUCAUACUAUGGUAGCUUGUAUGAGCCAACACAUAGAGGCAGUGGAGGUGGUAACGGGUCUACAACCACUGGUGGUAGAGGUGGUGGUUACAUUAAUUUACAGGUUGCCACAGAUUUGUUGGUAGAUGGUACUAUAUCAGUGGAUGGGUCACAUGGUGGCUCUGAUUCUGGUGGUGGUAGUGGUGGAACAAUCUACAUUGACUCACAAAACUUAGAAGGCCAUGGUGUACUACAGUCACUAGGAGGUGACGGAUACAAUGGUGGUGCUGGUGGCAGGAUUGCAGUAUACCUGGAUGAGGAAAUCUACUUCCAUGGGACUUUUGAGUCACUUGGGGGCAAUGGAGAUGGCCAUUAUCUUACAGAAGGUGGACCAGGAUCUGUCUAUAUAAGAGAUGUCAGGAGUUCACGAAAUUAUGAACAACUCCACAUUGACAACAAAGAGAGAUCUUGGGACCAUCAGUAUGUAUUAGAUGAACUUGACAAUGGUGUAGUAAAAUCUGAGUUUUACUUUGAUGAACUUUACCUAACGAGGAACGCUUCACUUCAAAUAAAGACAGGUGACGGUAUUUCACGAAGCGUAGAGAUUAAUAAAAUCUAUGGAGAUGCGUCUGGCAGAAUUUACCUACAGGCAAACCAGACUGGAUAUUUAGAAGAGUACCAGUCCCUUACUAAACUACCAAUCAACUUGUGGAUUGACGAUGCAUCGAGGGCAUACCUCUCCCCUCUGAUAUAUAUCCUUGGUCUUGGAGAAAUUGCCUUGAAAUGGAACGGAGAACUGAUAGGUGUACGUCAUAUAAGAAUCGUUCCUGGUAGAGUGAUCAAUAUUAAAAAGGAGGCUAUGACAAGUUAUGUCGAAAAUGGUGUACUUGUUGAAGGAACUCCAGGUGCCUUCCAGUUCGCAACCAUGGAACUGGGAGCUAAAGCAAUAAUGGAACUACCUCCACCAAUGCCACUUGUUUUGACAGUAGGAAUACUGGACAUCAAGUAUGACUCCCGAUUUAGAGCAGACUCCAUGGAGGUGCUGGCAACAGACUUUUACUUUGAACCACUAGCACAAUUUAUUUGUGUAGGUACGGGGCGUGACCCACAGCCAGGAGAUUCACCAACAGCAGGAGCUGGUGGCGGCCAUGCUGCCAUGGGCGGAGGAGUUGGUGGAGAUCCUACAGUUGGUGGAAUAGCCUAUGGAUCUGUCUACAAACCAGUAGAGACAGGAAGUGCUGGUGGUGGCACUUAUGCUGGUCUUGGUGGUGGUAAAUUAAAGAUCCGUGUACCUGCAGAGUUCCUACUUGACGGUUUUCUACUGGCAGAUGGGUCAGAUGGAGGAUUAAGCAGUGGUGGAGGCAGUGGAGGUUCAGUCUUUAUCGAAACAGGUCAAAUGUCUGGUCAUGGAACCAUAUCUGCUAUUGGUGGCAAAGGUCACCAGUCAGCUGGUGGUGGUGGAGGUGGCAGAAUUGCCAUACAUACCUGGGACUCUAACUACUACAAGGGAGGUCUUCUUGCCUAUGGUUCUGGUGGCACCACAGAUGGAGAUAUUGCUGGACCUGGUACAGUAUUUAUAGAGGACAAGGUUGGAGCAUUUACUUAUCAAAGCAGGCUUUACCUAGACGGUAAUAACCUUGUACUGCCUAAACCAGUUGUGGUUUAUGAGCUCAAUCCACGACAUGUGACAAAUGCUGCUAGUGGCCUCGUCAACACAAAUGGUGCUGAUCUUGACUUUGAACAUCUUAUGCUCAAUAGAAAUGCAAUGCUUGAGGUUGGACCUGGAAACAGUAGUAUAAGCUCUAUUAACCUGGACUAUGUAAUGGGUGAUAUGACUGGAUACAUCCACAUGAAGACUGGACAGACUGUGUAUGUAGAAUACUCCGAGUACACAGCCCUCCGCUCCGCACCUCCUGCUAACUUCCAUAUUGAUGUUGGGUCACAAAUCUGGCUAUCUGCAGAUUUCAAAAUUAUUGGAUUGCAGAGUCCAGCAUUACAGUUGGAUGGUCAGCUGAUUGGAGUAAUGAACCUUACACUAGAGGAAGGUAGGGAAGUAUUUAUCUCACAGACAGCUACCAACAGUAGGAUUGUUAACAGUGUUAUACAGACUUAUCCUUCAGGCACCCUAGGUAUUGGGCGGCUAGCAAUGCAGGCUGAAUCUGUCAUUGAUCAUGACACACACUUCAACUUUGAAGCGUCUGAUAUUCAUAUGAGAUAUAACUCCAAAAUCACAGCCAAUCAAAUAACAAUAAUCAGUGGAGAUAUACACCUGGAAGGAGAAGCUUCAUUUGAUGUCACAGAUCGUGGUGGUGUUGGAAGUAAGAUUGAGGGUUUAGGUUCAACAGUGACAGUAGAUACAGGGGCUGCUAACAUCACUGUAGGUACAGGUGGAGGACAUGGUGGCUACGGAGGUGCUGCUGAUAGGGAUAGCUACAACUCCGGUAGUCCAUAUGGCUCUUACAUAAAACCCCAUCAUACUGGAAGUAAAGGCGGUGGAAAUGAUCCAGGCAUGGGAGGUGGAAGAGUUGACGUGGAAGUAUCCCGCGCACUUCAUCUUGAUGGUAACAUUGAGACACUUGGUGGCAAUGCCAACAGCACAAACAGCGGUGGUGGCAGUGCAGGAAGUGUUUACAUUAACACACAGAACUUCUCCGGUCACGGUUUAAUUGAAGCCACUGGAGGUGAUGGUUUCGGAUACGGCUAUGGUGGUGCUGGUGGACGUAUUGCCAUUCACGUAAAAUGGUUCAAGGAAUACACUGGAGAUACUAAAGCAUAUGGUGGCUACGCUGGAUCAAAUGUGCCAUCUUCUGAUGAUACAAGAAAUGGAGCUGGAGGUACCAUAUAUACCACAGACUCCAACUCAAUUGGUCUUGAUAAGAAGGAAGUAAUCAUUGUAAAUGGCACAAAGACAUAUGUUGACGGGUAUACCAAACUGCUUUUGGACAAUGAUGACAGAAACCGUAUCCUUGGAACAAUGGUAAUGAAUGAUAAUGGAACUGCUCCUCUUAAAUUUGAAUUUGAUGAAGUUGAGGCAAACAACCACGCAGUUUUGUGGAUUGAAGGAUCCGACUCUGAACUCACUGUUCAUAAGUUUGAUGGUGAUAGGACUGGAAUGAUGCAUCUUACAGGCACUCAGAAGGUUUAUGCUGAGUAUAUUGAGUCCACAAGUGGCUAUACAGUAGCUCCUGUAAGUUACAAGAUUGACGAUGGUGCAGAGAUCAUUCUUCCGUCUACCACAAUACUUCUUGGAACCAGGUCAGAUAUGAAUGGACUUUUGACAAUGGUUCAGAACAUGACAGUUGCUGAUGGCGCAAAUGUUGUUUUUUCUUCAACAGCCCAAACAGCUCUUAUUGAAGCUGGAACCUAUGUCCAUCUUACCCAACCAGGCAACAUAAGUCUGAGUCAUCUGACAAUACAGAGAGGAUCAGAAGCAACAUUUACAGAGAAAGUUGGUUCAAGUCUUGUAUUAGAUCUUACAAAAUUAAGUAUCAAAUAUGAAGCUCUAAUGUGGAUGAACAAAGGUUCAAUAUUUUCAGGAAAUGCUGUAGUUGAAAGCCUUGGUACUUUGAAUAUAGAUUAUAUGGGUCAUGAUGCACAAACUGGUCCUGGAGCAGGUCAAACCAAUGGCACUAUUGGGUAUGGUGGGGCUCAUGGUGGUCAUGGUGGUGCACCAGAACCAAAUGUUGGGGGAACUCCUCACGACUCUGUCUACAAACCCACACAUCCAGGUAGUGGUGGAGGAAAUGGUGAUGGUGUUGCUGGGAGAGGAGGCGGUUAUCUGCACUGGGAGGUAGGAGAGACUCUCUGGGUUGAUGGUGAAGUUACCUUAGAAGGAGAGGCUGGUCAGAGUGGCAAUGCUGGUGGCGGCAGUGGAGGUGGUCUUUAUAUAGAAACUAUGAACUUCACAGGCUUUGGUCAUAUUGAUUGUCAUGGUGGCGCAGGAAAAGGAAACGGUGGAGGUGGUUCUGGUGGAAGGAUAGCUGUGCACAUCAAUUUCUCAAACCGCUACAUUGGUCGACUUAAUGUUAUUGGAGGUCUUGGUACUGGUAGUACACCUUCUGGUGCUGCUGGUACUGUUUAUAUUCAAGAAAAUGCUAGAGGUCCACAAUUUGCUGAAAUCAAAUAUGAUAAUGUAACUGGUCAAAAUGUAUCAAUAGCUCAAAAUAGAAGAAUUGAAAUAAAUAACGAUGACAUUGACAGUCAUUUGUAUGUUGGUCACAAAGAACCUUGGCUCUACACGGUCUUAUUUGAGGAGGCUGACACAGAAUAUGAAUUUGAUGAGGCAAUGCUAGAAGGACACUCGAACCUUCUCAUUGAAUACCCUACUGGCACCAUAGGUGGAUCAGGUUGGGCAGUUGAAGUGAAGAUUCAUCUGUUCCAUGGUGAUAUGACUGGUGUGGUAAGACUGAGGGACAGACAGAGACUAUAUGUAGAGGUAGUUGAAUCAGUUUCAAAUGAGACCAUAGCUCCUUGCAGUUUUAGAAUUGAUGAUGGAGCUGAGGUUUUCAUGCCAACGACGACAAAUCUUAGAGGUGCAAGAACUGUGUUAGCUGGUAUAAUAACUGGUGUUGAGGAAAUGAUGGUUCGGGGAGGCUCAAGUAUAUUUAUGUCUACUGCUCAAACAGCACUGAUUGAAAACAGACAAUACACUGUUAUGACUACACCAGGGAAUUUCUCAUUUGCUAUUCUCCGUAUAAUGGCUGGGGCUCAAGCAGAAUUUAGAGAUAUAACUGGUGAAUGUAUUAUAACUGUUGCAGAAAUGUAUGUCAAAUAUCAAGCUCUCCUUCUAAUGAACUUUGUACAGAUUGAUUCAGCUUAUGCUCACAUCGAAAGUCAAGGAGAACUUAAUAUGGAUGGUGUUGGUUAUGGACCAGAAGAUGGCCCUGGUGCUGGAUUUACAAUGAACGGAACCACUGGUGUUGGAGCCGGUCAUGGAGGGUAUGGUGGAGGACCAGGACCAAAUUAUGGAGGUAUUCCCUAUAAUUCUAUAUACGAACCCCUGAAAGCAGGAAGUGGAGGUGGAAAUGGUGGUGGAGUUGGUGGCAGUGGUGGCGGAUAUUUGGAAUGGAAUGUUGGCGAUCUUAUAGAAAUUAACGGAUUCCUUACCCUAGCUGGUUCUAAUGGUGCUGGUGGAAAUGGUGGAGGAGGAAGUGGUGGUAGUAUUCUCAUGCACACAACUAAUAUCACUGGACAUGGAAUAAUGGCUGUAAAUGGAGGAAAUGGGGUUGGAACAGGAGGUGGUGGUUCUGGUGGAAGAGUGUCAGUAAACUGUAGAUUUAGAUAUUCAUAUGGUGGAGAAUAUCAUAACUAUGGUGGAGAUGGAACUGGCGCUAAUAUUGGCAUGCAUGCUGGAGCUUCUGGUACCACAUUCAAGGAAGAAAACUUGAGACCAAUUGAAUACAGAAUGACAAAGUAUGACCCAGUUCAUAAUGUAACCUUCCUAGACGUAGACCAUAACAUGAUUCACUCAGAUAAUAGACUGAAGUAUAGUCCAGCUCCAACAUUAAUUCAAGAUCCUCCAAGAGAGCUUUAUGAAUUUGAUGAAAUGGAAAUAACAGGCUCUACAUAUACUUGGAUAUACCACCCAGCGGGAGUUAAUCUUGUUCAACUUAUUGCUCAUAAGUUUAUUGGUGACAAAACUGGCCAGUUGCAUAUAAGAGAAAAGCAGAGAGUCUGGGUAGAAUACAUUGAAUCUGUGUCAAACAAAACUGAAGCACCAGUCAGUUAUAUAAUUGAUGAUGGUGCUGAAAUCGUAUUUCCAUCUGAAGUACACAUUCAUGGAACAAAUAGUACUUUUGCAGGCUUAAUAACUGGAGUUCACAACUUGUAUAUUGAAGACAAAGCAUGGGCUGAUUUUAAAAGUACAGGUAAUACUUCCCUGCUUGAAAAUGGUCAAUAUUUCAGAGAAACAAUUCCUGGUCAUUUUAUAUGGGAUCAGCUUCAUAUGAAAAAGGGUGGAACAGCAGGAUUCCUUGAUGUUACAAAUUAUCUUUUUAUUGAAACAAGUGAAAUUAAAGUUAAAUACCAAGGUAACCUGUACAUGAACAAAGCAAAGAUAAAUAGUACCUACUCAUGGAUUGAAAGUGAAGGUGUUUUCCAUCUCAAUGGUCAUGGUUAUGAGGCAGAGUCUGGACCUGGUGCAGGUCAUACUAACAGUAGUGGAGUUGGUUAUGGUGCUGCCCAUGGUGGUUAUGGUGGUGGAUCUGAUCCAUCUUCAUCACCCGAGCCUUAUGGUAGUAUAUUUUCUCCUGAAGAACCAGGUAGUGGCGGUGGUAAUGGAGGCGGUGUAGGAGGAAGUGGCGGUGGAGUUUUACACUGGGUUACAAGUCACUAUUUUGAGUUACAUGGCCUUCUUGCUAUACAAGGAACCAAUGGCGAAGGAACAGAUGCUGGUGGUGGAAGUGGUGGUUCAUUACUUAUAGAAUCUAUGAAUUUUACUGGACAUGGUGUCAUUGAUACAGCAGGUGGCAAUGGAACAGGAACUGGUGGAGGCGGAGCCGGUGGUAGAGCAGCUAUACACUGUGAAUUGAGGUACUCAUUUGGUGGUUCCUUUGUGAAUCAAGGUGGUGUCAGUGAGGCAAAUGCAACAUAUAUAAGUCAUGCUGCUGCAGCUGGUACUACUUUUGUAAAGAACAACAACAGACCACUAGAAUACAGAAUUCUGAAGUAUAUGCCUGGAUCAAGUGUGGCUUACUUUGAAGUAGAUCACAGAUACAUACACAUGAAUAAUAAUGGAGUAGCAUCUCCUGUUGCUACAAUGAUUAUGGAGAAUGAAACAAAAUUGUAUGAAUUUAAUGAAACACAGGUGGAUGGAUACACAAGAGUUUUGUUUUACCAUCCAACAGGUUCCCAAGUAGAAGUUGUUAUUCAUAGAUUCAUUGGAGAUCGAACAGGACAAGUUCAUGUAAGGUCGAACCAAACCGUUUAUGUUGAAUAUGUUGAAUCAGAAUCUAAUGUAACUGAAGCACCUGUUAGUUAUAUCAUUGAUGAUGGAGCAGAAAUUGUUUUCCCUACUGAAGUUCACUUGCAAGGAAUCAACACAACUCAAGAUGGUAUGAUAACAGGUGUUCAUCACCUGUAUGUUGAAGAUGGUUGCACAUUGAGUGUGUCCAGCACAGCCCAAACUGCACAACUUGUAAAUGAGCAAAAGGUAGAGAUUUCAGACAAAGGCAACUUUGAACUACCUACAAUAAAUAUCAGGCAAGAUGGAAUAAUGGAGUUCAGAAAAAUAUCUAAUGAUUUCACUAUCAAUGCAGCAUUCUUUGAAUUGAAAUAUGGAGGGUUGGUAUUAAUGAACCACGGUUAUAUUGAAGCUGGUGAUUUAGAUAUUGAAUCAACUGGACGAUUAAGUCUUGAAGGCCGUGGAUAUGAAGCUCAAACUGGACCAGGAAAUGGAACUGGAACUAUUGGUGGUAGUUAUGGUGGUGUUGGUGGUGGAGCAGUUGAUUCUGAUGCAUAUGGCUCAGUGUUUGAUCCCUUCCAUCUUGGUAGUGGUGGUGGAGGAAGCACUGGUGGGGCAGGUGGUGGCUUCGUGAAUUUGACAAUUGGUAAGAACCUCCAUAUUGAUGGAAUUGUUGAUACCUAUGGAAUGGGAGCUUCCGGAAGUGCUGGUGGUGGUAGUGGGGGAACCAUUUUCAUCAAGGCUUAUAAUAUGUCUGGGCUUGGAACUUUAGAUGCCUCUGGUGGUGAUGGUAGUGGCUCUGCAAGUGGUGGUAGUGGCGGAAGAAUUGCUGCUCAUAUAGAAAGUUUUAACUUGUAUGCAGGACAGUACCUUUCACAUGGUGGGCUUGGUAAUGUUGCUCAGAAUGCUGGUGGACCUGGAACCAUUUACAAAUUUGAGUCCAACAGAAGUCCAUCAUACAGAGAGCUGAAGUAUAAUCCAAGAUUGAACAAAACUAUGAUUGAACCAGAACAUAGAAAAUUGACAAUCGAAAAUGGUGACAGAGGAACAACUAACCCAGCAGUUGUAAUGGAAGCUGACAGUUUUUAUUAUGAAUUUGAAGAGAUUCAAAUUGAAGGUUACAGUUAUGUUCAUUUCUAUCACCCAAGCACUGUGAGUGUUGUCCAAGUUAUUGUUCAUGAGUUAACAGGUAACAAACAAGGAAUGAUACGAGUGCAAAGUGACCAACAACUUAUGAUUCACUUUGUAGAGGCCAGUCAUACAUACCUUGACUCACCAUGUGGAUUCCAUGUUGAUCCAAAUGGAGAAAUCAUCUUACCAUCAACUGUUGUCAUGCGAACUGAGAAAACCAUUCUUGGUGGAUUGAUGAUAGGUGUGGAAGAAUUGAUUAUUGAACGUGAUGCUGAAUUUGUUAUUGACAAGGAUGCAAGUACUCUUGCAGUCACAAGAAUCAAUAUGGGUACCAUGCAAACACCAAAUCCUGGAGUAUUUGAUGUUCCAACUAUCUCUAUCAAUAAUCUUGGUUUGUUCACAACAGACAUGAAUCCUGUCCAUCCAAUAAUCAAAGCUGUUCAGUUGACAGUACUAAACGGUGGAAAAUUUGCUGCUGAUACCAAACAAACUACAAUCGAAUCGGCAAAUCUUUUUGUAGAAUAUGGUGGUUUAAUUGAUGGCACAGGUCAAGGUCAUGAAAAGGGUACUGGUCCAGGUGCAGGAACUGCGUCAUCUUAUGAUGCUAGUGGUGGUUCAUUAGCAAGCAAAGGUGGUAGGAGUCAUCAUGGAGCUGUGAGCGGUGCGGCCUAUGGUUCCACUGGCUGCUCAGAUAUACAAUACGGAAGCGGUGGAGGUGGUGACUAUGGUGGAGCAGGAGGAAGUUACCUGCAACUUGAUGUCGGCACAAAAACCACUGUAUAUGGAAUAAUUGCUGUAGAUGGAGAGUCUGGUAUGGGUGGGUACAAAAGUGGUGGCGGUAGUGGCGGCACUGUUAAACUGACAACGUCAUCACUGGUUGGUAGAGGAAAGAUUACCAGUCAUGGUGGUGUUGGUGUCUAUGGAACCUACAGCUCAACAACUAUAGGCAAUGGAGGUGGUUCUGGUGGUAGGAUUUGUGUCUACAUCUCUGAACAACAUCGCUUCCUCGGAGAACUCACUGCUCUUGGUGGAAGUAGCAGCGCAUCCCAUGGAUCACCUGGAACUGUUUGGGUGAAUUCCACUGUAGGCUCAGAUGUUGUAACACAUUUAUGGGUCGAUCAUGCAUCACGAGGAUCAGGCUGCACAAGCUACCCUGUUUAUGUUGACGUUACAGAUAUAAAUAAUUUCCAUACCAUGAGAACAGCCUGUGUACAUCCAUCAGCUGAUUCCACAGUUGAAUAUGUUGGUGGAGACGGAACUGGUGAAAUUAGAAUUGAUUCUGGCAUUUCCAUGGAGAUAGCUCAACAUCAUGAGCAGACACACAUUCAAUCUUCUCUCUACAUCUUUGGAGUAGUCAACUUCCCUACAACUACCUAUGUUGAGCAGACUGUGACGGUUGAAGGAACAAUGGUUGGCGUAGAGCAUUGGUACACAAGAGGACAUACAAAAUUAAUGUCAACAGGACAAUCAAAAUGUUCUGUAGGUGCAAGUCAUGCUGGAAAAUAUUAUUUGUCCACUUUCACUGCUUUAACUGACGGUACAUUUGAAUUUGAAGAUCCUGGAUAUGAUUCAAAUGCUAGUCUUUCUGUUUUCACUGACACCUUCCACAUGGAAGGUUUGUCUCAUGGUUUUAUAUUUAAGUCUAGUAACAUCAUGGGCAGAUUAUUUGAGAUUGAGAAGCAGUCAAUUUUGGAUGGUGCAGCAGAAGGAUACCUUACCAAUGCUGGACCUGGUGCCGGUUGCACAAGUAGUUGUGGAUCAGGUGGUGGUCAUGGUGGAAGGGGUGGAAACUGUUAUGGUUGUGGAAGCUGCAAUGGUGGUGCGGCAUAUGACAGUGCAGUUCUACCAUCCCUAGCUGGUAGUGGCGGAGGUGUUUGCUCUCAUGGAGGCGGUGGUGCGGGAGGUUCAGCUGUGAGACUCGUACACAAAUUUACUGUGAUUGACGGUCAAGUAACAAUGAAUGGUGAAGCAAGUACUGGAGGUGGUGGAGGCGGGGCUGGUGGCUCAAUUUGGCUCGAUAGUGAUGUCAUUUCUGGAUGGGGUUACUUAAAUGCUGCUGGUGGAACAGCUGGAUCUGAUGGUGGUUGUUACAAUCCAUGCUGUAAUGGGCAUAGAGGAGGUGGUGGUGGAGGUGGUAGAAUUAGGUCAUAUUCAACAGAAUACAUCAGCAAAGUUAUCAAGCAUAGGCGAUCAGUUGCUGGAGGUUCAGGUUCCUACAACAGUGGUAGUACAGGUUCUCUACAAGAAACCCACGGUAACGCUUGUAGUGGUCAUGGAGUGUGGGAUUCUGUUUCCCAGACUUGUCAGUGUUACAAAUCUUACACUGGUGCAGAUUGUCAAUUUUACUGUGAUGAUGAUUUGACCUGUGGUGGCAAUGGCGUAUGCAAUGAUAGAGGUACAUGCGACUGUAACACAGGCUAUGUAGGAACCCACUGUGAGAGUCAAUGUCAUAGAGACACUGACUGCAAUAGUCAUGGCGAUUGCUCAAUAUGUGGUGCCUGCGUAUGUGAUCCAUGCUUCUCAGGACCAGAUUGUUCUGUCGAGUGCGGAGGAUUUGGCUCAUGUGUUGCUGACCAGUGUGUGUGUGAUGACUGCCAUCUUGGAGUCUUCUGUCAGUCAGAAUGUAAUUCUCACGGUACUUGUGAUGCAGUUAACGGCAACUGUACAUGUGAUGCAAACUGGGGCGAUGAGAAAUGUACCAGAAAAGGUUGCCCAGGAGCCGACCUGAAUUGUAAUGGACAUGGUAUCUGUAACUCUGGUACAAGUGAAUGCUUCUGCAACAUUGGAUGGAAAGGUGCUGACUGUGGCGAGGCCGACUGUCCUGGAGAACCAAACUGUAAUAACCAAGGUGUUUGUAACGAGCUUUAUGACCCGCCAAUCUGUACUGACUGUAAUCGAGGGUGGAUGGGUCCUGCUUGUGAUGAUGUGUGUCUGCAUGGAACACCAAACUCCAACCAUACUAUAUGUAACUGUGACCAAAUAUGUCACCAUGGAAAAGGCUGUGAUAUAGAAUGUUCAGGCAAUGGUGUUUGUCACUCAAAUGGAUCUGGACUUUGUUAUUGUGAUCCACUAGUGGGAUGGAGUGGAACCUAUUGCGAAAUUCCAGGUUGUCCAAGACAUCCAGUUACAGAUGUUGAAUGUAGUAACCGUGGUAACUGUGACUCAGCAACAAAGAUGUGCAUGUGCGAUGCAGGUUGGGAAGGUGAAGCCUGUCAUAUUGCUGACUGUCCCGGAGACCCCAACUGUUACAACCGUGGAACUUGCGACGAAUCAACCAAUCCUCCAUUAUGUUUGUCCUGCGAUGCUGACUGGAUGGGCCCAGCUUGUAACGACCCUUGUCUACAUGGAACCCAAACACCGAUGGAUAGUGGUGUAUGUCUGUGUGAAGAAGGUUGGGCUGGUGUAGGUUGUAACUCAGAAUGUUCAGAACAUGGUAACAUAAGCACAACUACUGGAAUGUGUAAAUGUACAUACGAACUUGGAUGGAAAGGAAGAGUCUGUGAUAUACCUGGAUGUCCUGGCUUAAAUGGAAUAGACUGCAGUGGACGAGGUGGUUGUGACAGUACAACAGCAACUUGCACAUGUAACAAGGGCUGGCAGGGUAUAGGUUGUGAGUAUGCUGACUGCCCUGGUGACCCUGACUGUAACAACAAUGGAACUUGUAUAGACUCAAAUGAUCCACCAACUUGCUUAUGUCAUGACCGCUGGUUUGGUGAAGCAUGUGAGGAGCCUUGUGUUAACGGACAGAUGAAUCCGGUUGGAAGCCAGAACUGUGAGUGUGAUCCUGGCUGGGUUGGCAUAAAUUGUGAUUCAGAGUGCUCAAACCAUGGUUCCAUUGUCAAUGCUAAAUGUGAAUGUGAUAUCGGCUGGCGUGGACGUGUCUGUGAUAUCCCAAGUUGCCCCGGAAACAUGACAGAUUGUACCGGAAAUGGUGACUGUAAUGCAGCUACUCAUGAAUGUACAUGCUACAGUGGAUGGACAGGUCAGGCUAACGGUGCUGGGUAUGUUGAUCCACUAACAAAUGGUUGUGACGUCCCUGACUGUCCCGGUACACCAGACUGUAACGGUGAAGGUGAAUGUGACAGUACCCUGACCACACCAAAAUGUAAGAAUUGCAACCCUGGCUGGAUGGGCGAGGCAUGUGAAGAUGUUUGUGAUGCAACCCAUGGAGUACAAAGCCCAAUGAACAGCGGGUUCUGUGAGUGUGACUCCUGUUACACUGGCAAGGGAUGUGACAUUGAAUGUGAUGAUCAUGGUCAGUGCAUUAAUGGAACAUGUGAAUGCAUGGUAGGCUGGCGUGGAUCAAAAUGUGAAGUACCAGGUUGCCCUGGUAAUGGUACAGACUGCACCAAUCAUGGUGUAUGUAAUUCGGCCUUGCACAUGUGUACUUGCUUACCAGGUUGGACCGAUGAUGAUUGCAACACACCUGACUGUGGUUAUGGUGCAUGCUACGUGAAUGAGAGCCGUGGAUUGUGUGACGGUUCAUCUGGUGUACCAGAAUGCAUUUGUAAUACAGCUGAUGGUUGGUUUGGACUAGAUUGUGACAAGAAGUGUGAGAAUGGAACAGUUGUCAUGAACAAUCUUGGUGGAGAAUGCGUAUGUUUUGAUUGUUACAACGGUGAUAGAUGUCAACUAGAGUGUUCUGAUAAUGGAAUAUGUAACAACGGAACCUGUGACUGCUUUAGACAACCUAAAAAUGCAUGGGUCGGAGAUCUGUGUGAGACAGAGGGUUGUCCUGGAGCAGACGGCAAAUGUGAUGGACGUGGAACAUGUAUCAAUAUGGAAUGUAUUUGUUAUCCUGGUUGGCAAGGUUACAAUUGUAGCAUCCCAGAAUGCCCCAAUGACUGUAAUGGUGUUGGAGAUUGCGAGUAUGAUCCCCAGUUACUGUCUGGUGUAUGCCACUGCUAUUCCGACUGGAUUGGUGAUGACUGCAGUAUCCCAUGUAUCAAUGGAACAAACAAUGGAGACGGUGUCUGCACGUGCUACCGUCCUUGUGAUACUGGUUUGUCAUGCCAUUUAACGUGUGAAAGUCAUGGUAAAUGUGAUGCCAAUGGAAGUUGUAUCUGUGAUUUUGAUAUGGGAUUUAAAGGUGAUCAGUGCAAUAUAGAUGGCUGCCCAGGUUGGCCUGAUAACUGUAUGAAUCAUGGUACAUGUAAUGCUGCUAGCGGAGAGUGUACAUGUGACCAGGGAUGGAAGGGUAAUGCCUGCCACAUCCCCGACUGUGAUUGUAAUGGAAUCAAUGCCACAUGUGAACAGAGAGCCGGUGAUUUGAAGCCAAGAUGUUAUGACUGUGACUCUCCCUAUAUUGGUGACCAAUGUCAAUACAGGUGUGUACAUGGUGUUGAGAAUACAACCACAUUUGAGUGUAUCUGUGACCCCUGCUACAGUGGUGCCGAGUGUGACUCUCUAUGUAACAACGAAGGCAACUGCACAACUAAUGGCACAUGUGAUUGUGGAUUUGAUGGUUACCGUGGCGAAUUCUGUCAGACCAAAGAAUGCCCCGGUUAUGAUAUAUCCUGUACUGGACAUGGACAAUGUAAUCCAGCAACCGGAGUAUGCAGUUGUUCUACGGGAUGGACCGGUAUAGGCUGUCAUGUGGUUAAAUGUGACAAUGAUUGUAGUAAUGCUGGCACAUGUUUAGAAAUUGCUGUACCGAAGUGUAAUUGCUCAGUAGGGUAUUUUGGCUCUGAUUGCGGAAGUUUCUGCUACCAUGGUGAUAUCAUUACACCGGAUCCGAACGAUUUGUCAAGCCAGUAUUGUGAAUGCCAUUCCUGUUAUACAGGCUUUGAAUGUGAUACGGAAUGCUCCAGUCACGGUUCAUGUAACAAUGGCACUUGUGACUGUGGCACUGCUGGCUGGAGAGGAGACAAUUGUGAGAAGACAGGAUGUCCUGGUUUAUAUGGUACCGAUUGUUCCGGUCAUGGAAGCUGUAUCACCGGUUUGGCUAAUACUAUAGGUACAUGUACAUGUAACACAUACUGGACAGGAGACGGGUGCUGGACUGCAGAAUGUUUGAACAAUUGUACUGGACAUGGAAUAUGUAAUGACACUGUGGCCGUUCCGUUUUGUACCCAGUGUGACCAAGGCUGGAUGGGCCCUGACUGCAGCGAGCCUUGUUACGGCAUUCAACAGCCUAUGGACAGUGGAAUCUGUGUAUGUACAAGCAACUGCCAGAGUCAAGCAGAUAACUGUCUGGAAACAUGCAGUGGUUAUGGUACAUGUGACAGUGCUACUGACAGCUGUGUAUGCCACGACGGUACCGGUUACAACCCAACAGGUUACUGGGGCACACUGUGUGAAACUAAGGGAUGUCCUGGUAUUGAUGAAUCAUGCAGUGGUCAUGGACAAUGUAUUCAGGGUAGCUGUAAGUGUGAUCCUGGCUGGACAAUUAAUGCCACCUCGUGCCAUGUGCCAGAUUGUCCUGGUACACCUGACUGUAAUGGAAAUGGUGCUUGUGAUACUUCCGGGGUGGUACCAACCUGCUCAUGCUACCAGGGAUAUAUGGGUAACGAGUGUCAAUACCCAUGUAUAAAUGGUGUUGCUCAGUCAGAUCAAACAUGCUUGUGUGAUCCAUGUUACACGGGAGCUGCCUGUGACGAAAUCUGUAACGGUCUUGGCACAUGUGUAAAUGAUACAUGUGACUGUGACAGUGGAUAUUGGGGUACUGAAUGUGAUGUACGAGGUUGCCCUGGUGAUGGAUCUAGUUGUUCUGGGAAUGGUAUCUGUACUGUUGCUUCCCAGACUUGUACCUGUAACAUAGGGUGGACAGGUGUUGGAUGUGAUACCUGGGACUGCCCUGGAACACCGGACUGUAAUGGAAAGGGUACAUGUGAUGGUGCAAAUUACUGGCCACCAAAAUGUGUUAACUGCACAGAUUCAAUGGGCUCAGAAUGUCAGUAUGAUUGUGUCCAUGGCAACGAGUACCCACAAUUCUCCAGUAUCUGCGUUUGUGAUCCUUGCUAUGAUGAUUUUGCUUGUAAUGUAGAGUGUAACAAUGUAGGAUCAUGUGUCUCUGUUAAUGCCACAAAUUCAUGUGAUUGUGAGCCAGGCUACAAAGGUGACUUUUGUGAGGAAUUAGACUGCCCAGGUAACCCUGACUGUAGUACAUAUGGUCAAUGUAUAAGAGAUACAGCUACCAACUCAUCAAUCUGCGUAUGUGACGCUGGUUUUACUGGAGCAGAUUGUUCCGAGUUUGUAUGCCCAGGAGCUGUUAAUGAUACUUGCAAUGGAAACGGUGAUUGUCUGCUAUUGACGGGAUAUCCUGCUCCACAGUGUGUAUGUUACCAUGGUUUCAAUGGCCUCGCGUGUGAUUCCUGUGUCAUCAACUUUGUUGGAACAAAUUGUGAGAGGUGCCGUGAUGACUACAUUGGGUACAACACAACAUGUGACACUUUCUGCGCCAACGGUUAUGCUACAGUAUUAGGAGGUGAUGUUUGUGAAUGUUAUGAUGAUGAUACUAACGGUCAUUGGAUAAAUCCGCACACCGGCUGUGUGGACUGUCUUCUUGGAUGGAAUAAGCCCCACUGUACAGAAUGUGCAGCAAAUUAUGUUGGCCCAGACUGUGACAUCAGUUGCAAAGACUUUCAAGGAUACUUUGUUGAUGUUGAUGAUGGAACUAACAUUUCCUCACCAAUUAAUCCCAUAUUCAAGUGUCUGGAACAAGUGGGAGCAGAUUCCUACCAGGCAUGGUUCGGUUACAGCAAUCCAAAUCCAAAUAAUGUUUACAUCACUGCAACCAGUGAAAAUGCCAUACACAUUAAUGGUACAGUCUCUGCUACAUACAGCCCACCCACUAAGUUUAUCAUUGGAGAUGUUGAGUAUGCUGUCUCUAUUGGCCCUGCCAACAUGACUACAAUCACACAGUAUUAUUGGACAGUAGUUACAUUGUCAUUGGCUACAGAAAAGACUGCAGAGAUCGAUGGCUCAGUAUUGUGCUCCAGUCCACCACAACUGACAACAUUGCCAGUGGUUCAAGGUAUGUGUAGUUGUCACCAUGGAUAUUAUGGUCCAGCCUGCUGGGAUGAAUGUCCUGGUGGGGGUUCUAAUCCAUGUUUUGGCAAGGGAAAAUGUGACACUGCCACGGGAACAUGUACAUGUAUAGAGGGUGCUGACACAAAUACAAAUUGUGAAACCUGUAUUCCUGGUUGGUUUGGUGAUGACUGUAAAUUUGCUGGAACUAAUAUACAAAAUUCGACCUCAGAUUGGUACACUGGAAUGGUGUAUGGCUAUGGUCACUGCCAGACAUUUGACGGUUCAAAAUAUGACACAAACGAAGUUGGGCAAUACUUGGUUUCUAGGGUUACAAUUGCUACUGGCCAAACAUUGAAUAUUCAUGCUCUAAGGGUAACUGGUAAUAACAAGGUCCCUGUGGUCACAACAAAUGCAAUUGGCUUGUCUAUUGGUGGAAAUACGCUUGUGAUUCAAACAGAUGGUGUCAAUUCAGGCGGCAGGCAAUUUCUAAAUGACCAACCUACAACAGUUGGAAAUGAAUUGCAGCUUGCAACUGAGGUGAAAAUUGUACAAACCACUCCAUCUCAAUAUGUUCUGACUGCAUCUACUGAUUUCUUUAUCACUAUUGAUAUAAGAGAUGGCUUUAUAGACACCUAUAUAAGCAGUAAGUCUUCAGUUUGUGGCACAGGAGUUGGAUUGCUAGGAUCAUGUGAUUCUGAUCCAAAGAACGAUUUUGUUACAUCUGGUGGAAACACCCUUCUUGAAGGAGAUCCAACUUACCCACUGACAGUUGCAAAUAUUGCAGACGUAUUUGUUCCAUCUUGGAAGAGUGAUGAUUCCAUUUUUACAAAUUUGAUUCCGGACUAUGAUAAUGGAGCUGGUGAAACUUGUCUUCAUAUUAUAAACAGUCCAAUGGAAAGUGUUAAAGUAACUUAUUUUACAAAGUCAGAAUUAACAGUUGAUAUUAUCUUUUAUCUAGAAUCUAUGACUGGCGAUUGUGCGACCUUGUGGUCAUACAAAAAUCUAGCUGGUAAGGUAUUUUCUGCCCUUGUUUGCGAUGGAUACAUAGCGUUUUCUACAUUUAACCCAAGUGAAGAGAGAACAAUGGUGAACACAUUACCUGCUCAACUUGCUACGUGGUAUAAACUGUCAGUUGUUUGGACAAGCUCAGACGAAACACUUUACUUCUACCUGAUUGAAGAUAACCUUUCUUUUAUAAACGCUUUUGCCACAGCCAGUAAUGUUCUGGAGGCAUUUACGCCAGGUGGAACCUUCAUGCUAGGCAUGACUCAUGACUACCUUGUUCAUCCGUUUGAUGGUUAUGUAGAUGACUUCACUGUGUGGAAAUCAUCAUUUACCCUGAAUGAAAUAGUUGCACGAGCAUUUGAAUAUACAGAUGUUAAUAGCCAAAAUGAGCUUUCCUACCUUUGGAGAUUUAAUGAAGGUAAUGGAUAUGAAACUGAAGAUUCAACCACAAAUGCAGUUAUCUUAAGCUGGGAGAGUGGCAAUUGGGCAAACAUCCACUGGUCAGUUUGUGCCUACAAAAUGACAUACCCUGAUACAGACAUUAAAGACAUUUUAAUCUCAGACCCUCCACCAGAUGACAAAGAAAAAUGUAAAAAUAUUACAGAUUCAAUUUCUUACCUUAAUAAUCUUGGAGACGCAGCGAAAUACUUGUACUAUGAUGAAUGUCUUCUUAACUUAGCAAUAACAAAUGACACAGAUUCAGGAGACGAUAUUGUUACUCCAAUAACCGACACAAUAGAACCAAAUCGUACAGAUCCAGAUUAUCCGACAAAAGAUCUUUGCAAUGACUAUCCAGAUCAGUCAAAUUGGUAUGGUAAGUUCUGUAAUGUUUAUUGUGUGCAAGGGUCUGGUGUUUAUGACAUAAAUGAUGACAAGUGUUACUGCAAUUACGGAUUUUACGGAUACGGCUGUGCUAAUCAGUGCCCAUAUGCACGUGGUGAACCAUGUGGAGGUGGUCAGUGUGACACUGAUACUGGCGAAUGUACAUGUACCUCUGAGAAAUUUGACCCUGCAACAGGAUGCAAGACAUGUGCAAGUGGAUGGAUUGGGACUGAUUGCUCAUCUGUUGCUGCAGUUAUACCAAGCUCUUUGUCUAAAUACUCGGCAAUGUGUUUUGGUCAAGGUCAUUUUAACAUGUUUGAUGGACAAGCGUUCAACUUGAAGAAAUCAGGAGAAUAUCUCUUAUUUGGAAAACCAUCUGAAAGUCUUUCUGUUUUUAUAAGAGUCAGACCUUGUGCAAGUUGUAAGGCAUGUGUUCAACAAGUUUGGUUUCAGAUGAAUUCGGAUGACUUCACGGUUAAAGUGCCGUUGAAUGAGAACAGUCCUAUUAUUUUAGAACACAAUAAUUCACCUGUCACAAUAUUAAGUCUAUCAACAUUUACAAUAAACGGAGCUGCCACAAUUAGCUGGAUCGAUAAGGUAACAUUGCAAUUUGUUCAAGGCCCAGUUACGAUUGACAUUUCUUACCUUGAAAAUUCAGCAUAUCUGUCUGUCAAUGUUGAAACAUCUUGUUCAGGCGGUGAUCAAACUGGAUUGCUUGGAAAUUGUAACCAAAAUCUAGAUGAUGACUUUGUAGACAGUACUGGUAAUACAGUUGCAUAUGCAGAUAUAAGUAAUUCUAUAAUUGAUGAUGAAUUUACGCAGUUCUAUGCAAGAGACACAUCACUAAGUAGAGCGUUCAUAUACAGUUACCCAGGAUUAAAUAUUAGUGAACCUCAGAGCAUGACCCAGGGCUACAGUCUGUUAUUCAACGGGACAGGAGCUAUGACAGGAAGGGUACCAACUGAUGCUUUCUAUGAACACAUGCCUUUCAAUGUGUCCAUUGAAGUCAAAAUUAAAUUCUUAGCCGAUGGUGGUCUUGUUCUUGGUUACUACAAAGCUGACUCUGACAAUGAGUUCAGUCUUUACUUGAACAAUAGCAAACUUCAUAUACAUCUAUAUAAUAAUGUGUACGAUACAGGUACAACCUUAACUAUGAAUGAGUGGUAUCAUAUAAUAUUAGCAUUUGACAUAACGAACAACCUUAUGAAUGCAUUUGUUUAUGCAAAUGGUGCAGUUGUUGUAUCGGAACAAUACAGUAACAUUAACGUGACAUUCCCGCCAUCAGGAAACUUCUUACUUGGCGAUUGGGAAGUAGACCCACCGCUAGAUUUUGGAAUAUUUCAUGGGCUAAUUGGUGAAGUUAGAAUUUGGAAUAUAUUCCUGGAUAGUCAAAAGAUUUAUCAAUUAAAUUCGAAUCCAGAUAUAUCUGGUGUUGUUGGCUUGGUAAUGCAUUAUCGGUUUCCAGAAGGCUAUGGUUUUGUUACAUAUGAUUCAAAUCAAAACAUUGGAAUGACUAUUGCAGGAUCAGGUGAUACCUCUUGGAUAAUUUCUGACAAACCCGGUCAGACGAUUGAUAAUUUCGCAUGUUCUAAUAACAACGAUAUUACCAGGGCUACUGAAUGCGAAGACAUGUUCAAGACUACAUCUGUCACUGCUGCAUGCAGUGGCCUCGGUACAGACUUUUCUACAUUCUAUAUUGAUGCUUGUAAAAGUGAUGACAGUUAUGUGCCCGCAUUGGUUUCUUACAUAACUGAAUGUGAAACAAUCAUUAACCCAACUGUUGAUCCAAUAGACGACCUUUGUGAUGACCAUAAAGCUGAUCAUUAUGACAGUUUCUGUGGACAUUUUUGUAUGCAAGGUACUCCGACCUCACAAGGCUGCGUUUGUAAUGUUGGAUUCUGGUCAUGGAAUUGUGCUCAGGAAUGUCCGGAUAGAACUGGUCCAGACAAUCUACCAUGCUUUAAACAAGGAUCGUGCGAUACAGAUACUGGAGAAUGUAUCUGUUAUCCAGGGUUUGACCCAAGUGUUAACUGCGAAACUUGCUUGGCACCAUUUACUGGUGAUAAUUGUGAUGAAGCUAAUCUUACACUACCAACACCACCAUCGGCUACAACCACAGUAGCUCCUACAACUGUCUCUGGUGGUGGAGGAGGAAAUGGAACAACAAUUAGUCCUGGUGGUGGAGGAGGCAACGCAACUACGAAUCCAGGAGGCAGUGGUGGGGGAAAUGGAACUACUGCAAAUCCAGGUUCUGGAGGAAGUAGUGGAGGAGGAAAUGGAACAACAGUUAAUCCAGGUGGCGGGGGAAGCAGUGGCGGGGGAAAUGCAACCACAGCAAAUCCAGGUGGUGGGGGUGGGUCAAGUGGAAGUGGAGGAUCUGGAUUAGGUGUUGAAUUUGCAACUUGUCAGUUGUUUGGAAUGCUGCGAGUCAAGUCUUUUACAGACGAAUUAUUUUCGAUUGCUACAACAAACGAAUGGUAUCUUUUGUCUCCAUUAGGUCAUGACAUACCUGAAAUAAAGGUGCAAAGUAUCAGAUGUGGAACAAGUAUAUGUUUAAAAUCAAUGCAGAUUACGUACAAAACUGAAAUUAUAGUUGUAGACGGAACGUCAAGCAAAACCAAUCGUGUUAUGUUGAAUGGAGGGCUUGAUCUUCAGGGACUAACGUAUUUUACCUUUUCAGUGAAGUCUGAUAAUACCAUUUCAUUAGUAAGUGUUCACGGAAAAAUUGCAAAAUACACUAGAAUAGAAAUAAGCUUUGAUGAGAAAGGUUAUAUCAAUGCUCUGUUAAAAACCAACUGUGUUGGCUGCUCAAAUAAUACUAUCUGCAAACCAGAAUCGAAUUUUAUUCAAACAUAUGAUCCCACUGACCCAUCAUCAUUUGAUGACAAAUUGGUCCCGCCGCAGAAUAAAUCACUUGAUGACACAGUCAUAGAGCCAAACACAACAGCCUAUUAUUCCUUAACAUUUGGUUCUGGAAAUGGAUAUGGUUCAAGUGGCGGCGGAGCAGGCAGUGGAGGAACUUCUGGAACAGGAAGCAGUGGGGGAACUUCUGGAACAGGAAGCAGUGGAGGUUCUUCUGUGACAGGAAGUUCAGGGAGUGGAAGUGGUCUUGGGUAUGACAAACCUAUUGUAUGUUCAUCAACUGGGGAUAGCACAACAAUAAUAUCUACACCAGUUUUAAGAGAUACACUGGACGCAACAGAAAAAACAGCAAUCAAAUUGAGUAUCAAACCAGACAAUGGAAGUAGCGGUGGUGUUUUCCAGUAUGUUGGCGACUCUACUUUUGUGAUAUUCCUUGAUAAUGGUACACUCAAAGUACAAGCAGAUUCGGAAAUAAUUGACACUAAUAUUAAUGUACUUCCAGAUCUUUGGAAUGACCUCGAAAUGUAUACCGAUCCAGUAACGGAAACAAUGACUCUUAAAGUUACAAGCCCUGACAUAAGUUCUGGUACGCCUGGAGGUGCUUCUGGAACAGACACAACAACACUUACAAGCAUUUUUACAGCUCCUAGUGUAUGUUUCUCUGAUAAUGGACGUGUCGUUAUCGGUAAGCCAAUACUGUCAAUGGAUGAUACAUUAGGUGUUCCGACUGACGGUUCUUUUACAGGUGAAAUUGAGGACGUGAAAAUAUAUUCAGGUGAUAAUGAUGAUCCUGUCCUUGAUUUACAGUUUGAUGACGGUGGUGGCACAGUUAUAGUAGACAAAUCAUUAGGUGGGCACAAUCUUACCAUAUAUGACCCAUACGGCUUGGGAACAACAUCUUUCGAUGUUUCGACAAAACCUGCGCCAGAAAUUGAAACAGAUACGACUACAGGAUUCAAAGAUCUAGAUUCCUACAACAAAGCAAUUGAAACAUGUACAAAAUUAUUUGAUAAUACUAAUAUUAAUUUGGAUUGCUCAGGCUUUACAUCUGCACUCAAGUCAGUCUACAAGGCAAAUUGUAUGGACCAAAUAGCUAGGACAAACGACCUUAGUAGUGGUAUUGAUGCUUUGCAGUCUUAUACAACUUUAUGUUACAAUCAACUUAUACAGAAUGUGAAUGACAACUCUACGAAUUCCCCGUACAUGGAUCCAAAUAGGUACUUAUGUAUUGAUGACGUAGUUAGAGCUGGUUUUGUUGGAAUUAAUUGUGAUAUCAGAUGUGUACAUCCAGAUCCUUUAAGUGAUAAGCUGUCAUGUGUAUGUGCAUUCGGAUACUGGGGCUCUGCUUGUGAUGAAGAAUGUCCAGGUGGUGCAAGCAACCCUUGUAGUGGACAUGGGCUGUGUAAACCUGAUGUAGGUACCUGUUCUUGUAGUGUGAAUUACAAAGGAGAUACUUGUUCUGUUUGUGCUGAUGGAUAUACAGGAACAGACUGCCAAGUUGCUGUUCAGGCUACAACAUUCUCUUCGAAUGAAUAUAGUACAUUUAUAAGUGGUAAUAGUUAUAUGAAAACUCUUGAUGGAGCAUAUGUUCAAUUGAAUAACAAGGAUCAGCCAUUUGAAGUCUAUAAUGAUGGUACAAUUUUGAUUGAAGCACAAAAAGGACCAACUGACAUUUACCCGAGUUCUUUUAAAGCAGUAGCUGUCUCUGUUGGUGGUCAAAAUAUUACAAUACAUCCACAAGAUUCAGGAACCGUGUUGCAUAACGGCACUUUUGUUUCUCUUGGGAGCAUUGACUUACCAUCAGGUUACAAAGUAACAAAGAAAAGUUUAACUGAAAUAAGCGUAAAUGGUCCAGAUAACUUUAAAAUGACAAUACCACUAGUAGAUGAUGGCAUGGGGGUGAGUUUAACUGUCCCAAAAUCAAGUUGUCAGUCAUCUACGGGUGUUCUUGGAAAAUGUUCGUCGGGUGAUGCAAGUCAAUGUAGCCAAAAUGAUAUGAAUUGUAUCAUCCGUGAGGUUGGAAUUGCGGAGGCGUGUAGUGUAUAUGGAGCAAGUUCGAAAGAUGUUAAUAAUUACUUUAUUGACACAGUUAAAUCGUAUGAUGAUACAAUUUUCGCUGCUACAGGAGAAACAGAAGUUACAUCUGGUACUGGAGUAGAAAUUGCAGAUGGGGGAUACAUAGCUUUACCUCCCUUUGAUGACAGUGUUAUCAGUUCAGACUCUACAGAAAAAUCAGUAGAAUUACGAGUUAAACUAGAUACGGCAGACGAUGGUACAAUCUUUAGUGUCGCUAAUGACAAUACAACAUUUGGAAUAGUUAUUAAAAAUGAGAAAUACUUCUUGCAGUAUGGCAAUCAAACAUAUGCAACUAACACUCCUGUAACUUUGGGUGAAUGGUCAAAUAUUGGAAUUGCAAUAAACGACACAUCUGGGGAAAUUUUGUUCCAUGAAAUCCACGAGACAGGAUAUAAGUACAAAUUUAUUAAUAUGUCCACAGAAAUUACCAAAUUUGGACCUCCUAUUUCUGAUGGGAGCACAGCGAUGCUUGGAAAAUGGCAAAAUCUAACUACAAAUGAACCCUCAUCUGGACCUGGGGAUUCAGUGACACCUGUUAUUGCUUUCGACAGAUUUUUAGUAUUCGACAAACAUUUGACAUUAAAUGAUUUCACAGACCAUUAUGAACGAAACAUAGAUAAUACAACAACGUUUCCGAGUGAUACAUCCGAAACAAGCGCAAAUCAUUCAUCACAGUCAGCAGGUUCAGGAAGUUUUUCAACAAACUCAACAACCAACUCUACAAGUUUUAUUACCAAGAAUACACCAACUAUGGGUUUGAAUUUUGAUGAAGGUGGUGGCAACACUGCUAAAGAUUUCAUUAGUGGAAGGGAUGCCGUUGUUGGUUUUGAAGGAGAAUACAGUUGGCCCCCAAGUGAUCCUCGUAUUACAACUAAAGGUGUAAACGAUCAGAGUAGUCUAGACAUAAUACCAGACACCACUGCUAAUACGACGGUAAAUGAAACCUGUAGCAAAGUAAAAGAAGUAAUGGAUUCAUCAUGUACAAAUCUUGAUUCACUUGUGAGUUUUAUGUACAUGAGUUGUUUAAAUGAUGCCAUUAAUUCAGAUAAUGUUGAUAAAACAUUGUAUUCUGCUACUGCUUAUGCUAAAGAGUGUCAGAUCCAGGACAAUUUACCAAAUUUACCAAUUGAUCAAAUUUGUAAUGCAUUUGGUGACAGUGUGUAUCCAGUUGUCGGAGGUGAAAAUUGUACUCAAAUAUGUUACUUUGGUUCUUUUAAGUCGAAUGAAUGUAUAUGUAACCACGGGUAUUGGAAUAGUGAAUGUGACAGUGAAUGUCCUGGUGGACACCUAAAUCCCUGCAAUAAUCACGGAACCUGUGAUCUUGCUACAGGUGAAUGUUUCUGUGAGCAAAACUGGGGCGGAGACCCAGAGUGCAGUUCGUGUUCAGAUUAUUUCUCUGGAUCAGAAUGUGACUUAUUUAACACAGAUCCUAGUGUUGGUACAAUAACAACCCCAAAUAUUUUAAGUACAACUCCUGUUCCUCCAACUACCACAUCUUUUGCUGGCUCUGGGUCAGGAACAAACGGAACGGGAUCAGGAAUAAAUGGAACAGGAACAGGUACAAAUGGAACGGGAACAGGUACAAAUGGAACAGGUACAGGAACAAAUGGAACAGGUACAGGAACAAGUGGAACGGGUACUGGAACAAACGGAACUGGUACUGGAACAAACGGAACAGGAACGGGAACGAAUGGAACAGGAUCAGGAACGAAUGGAACAGGAUCGGGAACAAACGGAACUGGAUCAGGAUCGGGAACAACUGGAACAGGCUCUGGUCCUAACAGUGGAGGAACAACCGCCAGUUCGACAGCAGGAACUACUACACCAGGAGUUGAUACACCUAUAUAUUGCACAGCUAAAGGCAAAAAAGGCAAAAUAACAAUGUUUAAUACCAAACAAAAGACAUUGAACAAAGCAUUUGACAAGGGGGUGCUUUUAGAAUUCCACCAGCUAAGAAUAACUAUUCGCCAAGCAAUAAAGAAGAAAAAGAAGAAGAAGACUAUAAAUAUUGAUAAAGUGUUUGUAACUUACAAGAGUUCAUUUGUCAAUUUUGAAUUUUCUAAAUUAAUCACAAAGAAGAGUAAAAAGGCAAAGUCGAAGGUCAUUGUCGAUGGAACUGUAUGGAAAAAGAAAACCAAAAUAGAUAAAACAAUCGGAGACAUGUGGUUAACUACCAAAGACACUUCUACGAUUACCAUCACUAUCGAGCCACUUAAUCUUUACAUUGAUAUUACCAGGAAAAGUGGUUUCUUUGGCGUUAAAAUCAAACUAAUGUCAAACCGUUGGAACACCAAAGGCCUGUGUAAAUGGGUACCGUCCAAGAUAAAGGAUCUUUAUACACAUGAUUAUGAAAAGUUUACAAGUAUCACUCCUAUUCCUGGAUACACAGGAACAACAUGUACUUCUGAUAUGGACUUCAGCGAUAUCAAUUACUUUGAUACCACAAACACUACAAACAAAGUAUCUGGUAAUGCUUUGUGUUGCAAUUCGGCUAGCGGUAGUUACAAAAACUUUCAACUGUUUUCUGACAAGCCUUCUGAUGUAACAAUAAUGUUUUAUUUGAAGACAUGCACGGGUUGCCAUGGUGUAAUAUUUUCUUACAAAAAGAAGAUACCAUUUAGUUUAGACUAUAAUGACGGAACAAUUGUAAUCUGGUAUGGAAAGAACUCCAAAUGGGACUCUGAUAUUGAAUUAAAAGAUAACGAAUGGCAUCAAAUUGUAUUGACUUGGUCCAAAUCACUUAGAAGAAUGGUGUUAUAUGUGUUUAAUGAAAACACCGGAAAUAAACCACAGAUAUACACGAUAGAAAAUUUUAAGAAUAAACCAUUCUUGAAUGGAGGAUCACUGUCUCUAGGAAAAUUCCAGAUCAGCCAAGUCGUACCAAAAUGGAAGAAAAUAGACGCAUUUGUCGGUUGCUUCGAUUCACUUGGCUUUGCCACGCAAGCUCUUGACGCUAUAACAAUAUCCAGUCUUUAUUCGAAGCCAAUAGAAGACGUUAAAACGUAUCUAUCAACAAGCGGUAUACAAUUUUACUACUACGAUUUCGAUGAAGAUACAACAUAUACAAACGGAUACUUGGAUAUUGACUUGGGUCUAGAGGAACGUAUGAUUACAUUUGGAAGUAAAGCACGCACACAAAUUCAGUUUGAUAACUCUCCUUUGAGAUCUUGUUCUCAAAGACCUUCUGACAGUCCACAGUAUGAUCCUACUUCAUCAGGCAAAAAGUCAAGACGUCGAAGAUCCAUUGAUGAUGACUAUGAUUUGGUAGAAAAUUUCCUUUCUCAAACUACAUUUGGUAGACCAAAGCGAUAUAUCGAAACUAGGCCGAAGAGAUCAAUCACAUAUGCAUUCGACACAUUCUGUCAGAACAUAUUCCAGAGUCUGUCUUCCUCACUUUCAACAAAUUGUAGUACGUCUGCUCUACUACCAAAGAUGAGUGUGGCAAUGUGGGACUGCAUUGACGCUGAUGGUGACGAAGAAGACAUGGCAUAUGCCAUAUCAUCAUUUGCAGACGAAUGUCAGCAAACACUUGGUCUAUCAUAUUGGCCUGCUGAGCGAACUUGCCUCGAGUUUGAAAAUGAUUUUAAUUUAUAUCCUUAUAUGGGAACCGAUUGUUGGCCACAGUGUCCAUUUGGUUUACGAGAAUCGUCCACGUCUGACUGCAUAUGUGAUGAUGGGUUUUGGAACGCAACAUGCACUGCUUUCUGUCCUGGUGGAGCAACAAAUCCUUGUAGUGGUUACGGUACGUGUGAUUCUGUCACGGGUGAAUGUAAUUGUCCUCUAAACAGGUUACCGGCUGACGAUUGUAGCGUGUGUUCAGAGGGAUGGUAUGGUUCAAAAUGUGACAUUGCUGUCAAUAACAUAAAUACCAGUGAUAGUACUUCCUUUGCUAUGCUUGGACAAUUGGGUAUAAUACACAACCUUGAUGGUUUGAGCUAUCCAGUGAAAACACAAGGUGAGCUUAUAUUGAUGGCAAUAUCAGAAAACAUAAUCAUACAAGGAAAAUUUGUUACCUGCUAUCAGAAUUAUUCGUGCGUCCCAUUUAUAGCUGCAAGAGUUGGAGAUUCAGUGAACGGAUAUGCAACAGUGACCGUUCAAUCGGAACGAAAAUAUGAUUCAAAGCCAAUUAUAAAUAUCAAUGGAAUAAGUGAUUCUUUGGAUACGCCAGCAUUUUUCAAAGGUUUCAAAGUAUCCAGGUCAAAUUUCUUUGAAGUGACUUUUGAAGUUAAGGAUCUUGUUACAUUUUCUAUCAGGAAUGAAGGUCAAUAUUUACAUAUGAAGAUGGAAUUAGAUAACACAUACGUUACACAAACUUCAGGUCUACUCAGCGGAGGACUGUUUACAAAUGUAACUGACCGCCUUGACCACUUAUACAGCGCUGAAAAUCCAGUCUUUGCCAUAUGUAAUGACACUUCUUCCAUUCAGUCUGUACUGGGUUCCCAAAGUUCUAAUAUCAUAAGUCUAACAUCUUAUACUCAGACAUAUGGAAAUGAAACAGAUAUCGAUAUUUCUAAUUUUGUAGUUCAUGAAUGUGACAGCAUUAUAUACUUUGCCAAUGACUUGCUGAAAUAUCAAACCCAGGGAGGAUAUGGAUUAAACUUUAGUAAGUCAAGUCUUGAACAGGAAUUAUAUUUAGACAUAAUGUCAACUGAAACCAUGACUAUAGAGUUACUUGUCAAGCAGAAUGCAGCAAACAAUAGUGGUGUGUUGUUCUCAUAUAUAAGCAGUUCAGGUUCAUCACUGCUCCUUGUUAGUGGAUCAUCCUCCCUUGAGGUCUACACAUAUGUAGGUACUAAUGAAACCGUAUAUGAUACAGCAAUUGCAUUAGACGAAGAUGCGUGGAAUAAAGUUGUGUUUGUAUAUAGUAAUAUUGAUGGCACAAGCUGUGUUUAUGUUAUUGACAAAGAUGCUACGGUGUCAACUACAGGCGAUUUUGGAAUGAACUCGUCAAUGUUUGAAUCUUCAGGGACUCUUACAAUUGGACAUUGGAAUAUGCCAUUCGAUAGUAAACAGUAUGAUUUGCCUAAAGGAUUUGAUGGUAGCUUAGAAAAUUUUAUGAUAUGGAACCUUACAAUUGAAGAAAGUCAAGUAAGUGAACUCUGGCAGAUGGACCCAGCACUUGCAUCAGGCAGUCUUUUAUUCGCACUUCAAUUUGACGAAGGGGAUGGAUUGUCCACAAAAGACAAUAUAGGGAAUUUAGACCUAUCUUUCCCUGCAUACCCAUGGAAGGCACCAGAAUGGAUCAUCUCGGAUUUAGACUAUUCAAGUAGCUAUAUUCCAGAUUUUGCACUGACAUUCUUUAACAAUGACACAUGGGAAAUGGAAACAAAUGCAUUCUGUUUAUCAUUAAUGGCAAACACAGAUGGAAUCAGCUUGAGUAACAGCACAAGAAAUUUCUUUUACCUAAGCUGUCUUCAGAAUAUGGCUGUUACAAAAUCAAGAACUGCGGGAUAUAAUGCAGUAUUAGAUGCUUUGAUGUUGGGUGUUUCACAACAUGGAACAGCAUCUUCUGAGAUCAGUACACUUUGUUUAGGAAUGUCAGAUGCAGACAGAAAUGGUACGUCUUGCUCUACAACAUGCAAGUUUGGCAUCGAAUUUUCAAACGGAACAUGCUCGUGUUUUGAAGGCUAUCAUGGCACAAAUUGUGACGGCAUAUGUCCAGGAAGUUCUGAUUCACCAUGCAGUUUCCAUGGCAAAUGUUUAUCAGAUGGAACAUGUGACUGUUGGUGGAACUGGGAUGGAAGUGCAGAUUGUUCAACUUGCACAACAGAUGCUGCUGGUGAUAUGCUGGGGCCGGAGUGUACAAUUCUCAGUACUUCAUCUUUAUCUUCGGCAUCUCUAAAGGUAGCAUCUGUAUCAAGUAAUGGAUACUAUAUGACAUUUGAUGGUCAGCAAAUUUCAUUCAUUGGUGAAACUGGAGCUUUUAUGCUAUUCAGUUCUUCUUUAAUGGGUGUGGAUAUCCAUGUUUAUCAAGUAAGCUGUCAUUACGGGUCUUGUAUUGCAGCAGUUUCACUUACAUCUUCAACAGACGAGAUUGUUAUUGCACCACCUGGUCAAGGUAUAUCCCCGGACAUAUUUAGGAAUGGACAGAAAAUAAUUCUCGAUGACAUUAACAACGUUUUUAGUGCAUCAAUUACUGUUAGACAGGAAUCCUUAACUGAUAUAAGUGUAACAAUCACUGGUAUUGGAAGCAUAAAAGUAAAUGUCCUUGUUCAAGAACAGUUCUUGCAGGUAUCGGUGAUUUCGUCGUCUACAAUUUGCCAAGCUGGAACAGGAAUUUUUGAUAAAUGUAAUGGUAAUGGCAAAGACUAUUCAGCAAUGACCAGUAGUGAAAUAAAUGAGUACAUAGUAACAAAUUUCAGGUUGUCAAAUAGCAUUAUUCUUGAUGCAUUGAAUGCUCCAGUAGGCGAUGGCUCAAAUAUUACAGGAUAUGCGCUAAAAUUUGACAAAACGGCAGGUAUAUCAGUGCCACUGUCGUAUAAAUUUGGUCUAAACAUUUCUGACAUUGAUUUUAGCCUGUCACUCUAUUUCAAACCAUUGGCUCUAGGCGGUUAUAUUAUGUCCUAUGGGAAAAACACAACGUUUGCUAUCUUAAAUUUAGAUCCCAUUACUUUGCAAUGUGAUACUAGAUUUGUUAGAAGUACAGUAUCUCCUGAAUUAGGCGUAUGGAAUCAGCUUGUUUUUACUUUUAGACGAAGUCAACGGACAGUAGAUCUCUUCCAUUUCGGAACUGAUUCAAAAUUAACCAAAGAAGUUUUAAACUUUGAAUGUGGUAAUAUAUUUGAAAGUGAUGGUACUGUUAUGCUUGGUGAAUAUAUACCAUCUGUUGGAAGCAGUCCAUAUACAUUUGGGACACAGUACUUUACGGGGAUGAUUGACGAGUUUUCUCUCUGGAGCAACCCUAUUCCUAAUUCCCUUGUAUACCAAGCUCAUCUCCUAAGCACAAAAAUAUCUGGAUUUUCAUCUGAGCUAGCAACAUUAAUUUCUUUCUCGGAAGGAGUAGGAUCCAUAGCUUACGAAGAAAUAAAUGGUAACAAUAUGGUGUUACCAGGUGCACCAUGGCAAUCUCCAAAAUGGAUUGUCUCUGACCUUGGCCUGCAACCUCUAAGAACUACAGUAAGCGAAGCGUACUCUACAACAAUCAUUGAUCCAGCUGUUGAAACAGCAUGCGGAGAUUUCUUUGACUCAGGAACUGUAUCUUCAAACUGCGGGGGUGUGUCCACCUUUAUUAGAUGGUGGUUCAAGCAAACAUGUAUGAUCACUGCAACAAACACCGGAAAUAUAUCUGAUACUACAAUGGCUAUGGCUGACUAUACUUCUGUAUGCGGAGUAACUGGAGGAAAUACUGAUAAUAUAUAUAAUAUCUUAUGUGCAUUGACUAUUGAAAUGCCAUUGUGGCUGAAGCGAAAAUGUUCGGCUUGUGACUUUGGUUUUAAAACAGAUACGGAAUGUGUUUGUUACUACGGAUAUUACGGAGCAAGUUGUAGUGGUGUGUGCCCAGGGGGAGCAUCAAAUCCAUGUAAUGGUAACGGUGAAUGUGACAAAGGAGGAAAUUGUCAAUGUAGAGGUCGCUGGAUCGGUACAACUUGCAACACAUGUGACUCAGGUUGGUCUGGUAACGACUGUUCAGUGUUUACAUCUACAUUUGAUCCUCUUGGAACUAAUGCUACAACUCUUGUUGCGCAGGUAAACAUGAUAGGGCAGCUUUCAACAUUUGAUGGAACCAUUUUAGAUAUGCCUCAGAGAGGAUAUUUCAAUCUAAUGACACUGAACGCAUUAGACAUUUCUUUGCAAGGAAGGUUUGGAGUCUGUAAUUCAGAAGACAUUUUCCAUGUUUGUUUGAUUGGCUUCGUAUUAGAACACAAAAGUGAAAGCUACUAUGUCAGCUAUGAAAGAUUCACAGGUACGAGUGUUGAAAUCAUGUCAUCCACGUCAAAUAAUAUAACAAUCUUCGAUGAAGUGGAACUCGGCGAUAUGACAUUAAAACUUGACUCGCCCACGACAUUGAAAAUGACUAUGAAAGGUUCAGAUAUAAGUGUUAAAAUGUCAUCCAUUAGUGACCGCCUAUUAUCAACAAUGGUUAUUCCAAUGACAGAGUGGAUUUCGCAUCAAUCUGAAAUAAAUGGAGUUCUUACCUCCUGUAAUACAGAAAAGGCAAUAACUGCUGCAAACUGCAGUGUGAGUCGUGUAUCGUUGUGCGGAGAUCCCACACAAACAAUUCCAGCCAACUGUAAAUUGGAUCAAACCACUGAAACAUUCAGUCACUUUCUGAAUAAUUCGGCAUAUAAUGACACCGGUUUUAUGGAUAUGAUUGAACAAAAAUAUCUAUCUGCUAUGGAGUCGAACUGCUUUAAAUAUGAAGGCAAUGGGGUAACUGUGAAGGAUCUUUCUUUACCAGAUACUGAUCUUACUAUCGAGAUGCACGCAAUGCCAACAGAGCAUGGCGGUAUCAUUAUGACCCACGACGAUGGAAAUGGCAAUUAUAUUACUUUGAUCAAUCACAAAGAUGGUUUGAUUGUCGCUCUACCUGGUGUUUAUCAUAUGACAAAUCUGCCUCUGGAACUAAAUGUUUGGAAUCAAAUAAGUCUUGCAUGGAGAGAUGACGCCAAUAUACUCGAAAUCUACUUGGCAAAUGAUACAGGUGUUUCCACCGUAAAAGCUAUACCAAUUACAAGUGAUGUGUUUGGCAGUGGAGGAACAUUAACACUUGGUCAGCUUACUCCAGAUUUAGGAGUGUCCAUAAGCAUGGGUGAUUAUACAGGAUAUAUUGAUGAAGUGCGCAUUUGGAACAGACCUCACAAUCCGACAGUUAUCACAAAUAAUUUCAGAAAAAUGAUUACUGAUGACACUAGUAAUGUCUUUCAUAGUUGGACAUUCAAUGAAGGAAUCGGAUUAACUGCAUAUGAAGAUCGGCAAGGUGAUAACAUAGUACCAGUUAACAUACUUACUCCGCCAGUAUGGGCAAAAUCAAGUCUUGAUCUAUCAGAAGACAAAGAUUUAGACGCACCGAGGUUAACAAAUGAAGAUGAGUUGUCAGCUGCGGCUCUUCUUGCUGCACAGCAAAUGUGCGACAAUUUGAUAAGUAACUUCUCCUUGUCAAUAGUUGGUUCAACUAUGGAUGUAUUAACUGAUGUCUAUGAAGCGCUUUGCGUUCAAGAGGUUACAUCAUCUGGGGACCCAUCUCAAGCAGACGCUGUCCUAGCCAGUGCUGCUGACUUGUAUGUUAGUUUAACAAAUUCUUCAACAAAUCCUCUGUCAAGUUUGUGUAAUGUCAUGAGUUCAAUUUCUACAUACAUAGGUGCAAGCGGAGACAGCUGUACAGAAUGUGUGUUUGGUACCGUCUAUAAUUUUACAUGCAUCUGUUAUGAUACACAUUGGGGACAGACAUGCGACGCCAUUUGUCCUGUAGGUCAACUAGGUGCUUGUAAUACAUUUGGAGUAUGUGAGAAAACAACCGGAACUUGUAAUUGCCAUCCAAGACACUAUGUUGGAUCAAAAUCAGUAAGUGACUACUGGCAAACGUAUUUAAUAUCCUCGAGUAUGAACAUGACAUCAGAUUACGCAUGUGAUUCUUGUUCAGAAAACUGGUAUGGCAAAGAAUGUGAAUAUUCAAAAGCAAGUCCAAAAUCGUCAUCUAAUUAUUAUGGCAUAGUCUACGGAUCUUACGUCACUAAUUUCGACGGAGUGUCUUACACUCAUGCAUCACCGGGCGUUUAUUCUGUCCUGAAAACUUCCUCAGUAGAAGUACAGGCUCUAUUUGUUCCUUGUCUAGGAGACAAUAGAUGCAGAUAUAUGAGAGAGUUUGCUGUGAGAUAUGAUGACUCCAGUUUAAUGAUACAACAUGCUUCAGAUAAUGGGGAAAAUGUGACAGUUAUCGUAGAUGGUCUAGAACUUGUUUUCCCGAACAUUUCAACAGACGGUGAUGUUGGAGUAGAAAUGACAGCAUAUCCUUAUAUUAAGGUAACAGUCGGAAGUUCGUCAUUUAUUGUUUUUGACUCUGAUAUGGGUUUAGUUAUUACAGCAAAGAUUUCAUCAGGUGAUGCUAAUGACAAUACAGGGAUGCUCGGAAAGCCAAAUGAUGAUGAGUGGACGAAAAAUUUCCAGUGUGCCGAUGAUACCUCGGUAUUAACAACUGAUGACAUAUCAAGUGACUAUGUGGGGAAUUGUUUACGAAAACUUUAUGCUACAGGUUCAAGUCAGAUCUUUAUUAAUCAUACUGACUCUGAAGAUUUCCUCUCAUCUGGUGGCUAUGCUCUAUCUCUCGUCGGUGGAGAAGGUUUUACUGUCAAUGGAUUUACUGUUGAACAAGGACUUACAAAAUUCGCGACUAGUUUCUGGGUCAAGUCUUCAAAGGCUUCAAAGAAGAGGGCUAUUUUAACACAUCCAUUGCUUACAAUUGAUGCUGGCAGCAACGACAUAGUUUUUAGUGUCGACAACAAUUAUCUAGUGAUAGAAUGGGACAAGACAUAUACUACUACUUUGACCCUUGACAUUGAUAUCUGGUACUAUGUGGCGUUCUCGUGGAAUGACGAUGGGUCAGCAGUGGUAUAUCUCAUUUCGGAUAAUAACGUGCAGGACUACUCUAUUUCUGAUAUGAAUACAGGAGGACAGGUAGACGUCACUGAAAUUACAAUGACGACAACAAACUCUGCAAAGGUUUCAUUUGAUUGUCUACGAUCCUGGACUAAAACAAAGACUUUGAGUGAAUGUAUCGCCGAUAUGGAUAAUUACUGUGAUGAUUCAAGCUCGUCUGGAACAAGUAUGAUGAUGUCAUUAACCUUUGACGAAGGAAACGGAACAACAUCGUCAUUAACAACAUUCAGUACAAAUGAUGGAACCAAUUCUGGAUCAGUGACAGGCACUGUCUCUGGAACUAUAACAGGACUUUCAGCUGCGUCAAUACCAUGGACGCCGUCUUCUGUUCCUGUACCGGACAUUCCAACUGCUAAAACUUUGACGGCUUAUGCAAGAAGUACAGGAAGUAAUCAAGGUACUAAUUACACCGCAGCAGCUAUAGCUUGCCUUGACGUUAUUAAAAAUACGAACUUUACAGACACAUGUAGCGGCGUUAUGUCAAGUAGUACUAUUGAUCAUUUUCUUGAAGCGUGUAUUCGAGAUUACGAAAGAAUUGGUGAACAGCAAGCUCAAAUGCUCCUUAAAUCUACUCUAAUAUACUACUGUGCUACAGCAAUGGGUGCUGAUGAAUGUAAAUUUAUUGGCUAUUUCUACUUCUGUGAAGAACUUGAAGAAGAAUCAGCGGCUUUCCCAAUUAUUAUCAUUGCAGCAGCAGCUGGUGGACUAUUAAUGCUUAUUGGACUGAUUUUACUUAUCUGCUGUAUUAAAAAGAAAAAGAAGGACAAGGAGCGUGCUGCUGCUGCGGCAGAAGACGAUCCAAGCUUAUCUUUGGUAUCAAAUACUAAAUUUAAUACAACUGCAUUAAGAAGAAAUACAACUGAAACGUCUUUUGUGUCGUUGGAUUCCCGGCGCCAGUCCGCUUGGGACGAUGGUGGAAGAAACUCUGUGGUGUCUGUCAAUUCACCAAUAAUGUUCGGAGAGGAAGCUAGCAGUCCUACUCCUUCAACUUCAGGGUCAUUUUUUAAGAAAGGAACUGUUUCGCCAAUGACAGUAGCACCGUUGACGGAACAGAAGAAAAUAGCAGUAAACAACUGGUCAAAACUUGUACAGAAAGCAACAGAAAAUGGUCCAGUUUCCCCGCAUCCUGCACCAAACCCAGAGACAAAGGCACCAAGCAAAAAAGGUGGGGAGCCAGCUAAACGAUAUAUUUCAACAAGUCCUGAACCGGUAACUUUGAGCGGUCUUUCAAGCCCAACAAGUCCUGCGCCAGUAGCAAACUGGAGUAAAUUGUUAGAGAGAGCCCUUGGGUCUGGAGCAACGUCGCCACAAUUCUCUGGUAUUCCGGGAAGUGAAAAUUCCACUCCAAUGCCGUCACAAAAUCAAAACGCACCAACAGGCAUGUUUGGACAAUCACCACAGCCAAUGUUUGGGUCUCAUGCGGAUGCGGGAACUCCAAAACCAGCCUUUGGAGCGGAUGCACCAACAUCCCUAGGUGGCAGUAACGCUAAAAAAUGGCAAAAACCAGCUCCAAUUCCUCGAGUCCCACAGAACGUGAGAAAACCAUCUGUUGGUGUUCUACCAGAUAGACCGGACAGUGUUGUUAAUGAUCUGGAUACGGCAUAAAGACAAACUGAAUGGAGCAUGUUUUGUGAGAUAUUUGAACAAUAUAUGAUCUAUUUAACAUUAUUCACUGUGAAAAAAAGGACAUUACCAAGAAGUGCUAAGUUUACUGUACAUAUACAUAUAUUAAACUGUGAUAGAAUUCUUUAAACUGUGAUAGAAUCCUGUGAUAAUAUAUAAUAAACUGUUUUUUUAUAUUGAAUAUAUGCUUAGAAAGACUUUCAGUUACCUUACUGUUUAAACUAUUGUCUUUGAUUCUUUUUUUACAAUAUGAUAUGUUUAUGUAUAUUUCUUUACUGUUUCUGUUAAUUUUCUAUUAAUUGUUUUUUGGGUUUUUUUUGUUUCUGAAUAAAAUUUUC